CUUGCUUAGCUCCGCCCACUCUUCGUCGCUCUCGCUUGCUUUCCAGUGCCCGAAUUUCCCCCCUCAGCCGGGACCAAUCAGAGCCGCCGCUCGGGGAGGCAAAGCCAACGGAUGAGGCCCGCACGGUCGGGCAUUAUGAAAGACCUCGCCGCCAGCCCUUCCGGUAGGUGUAACGGUCCGUGACAAGAGGAGGGGGCUCGUGGGUAGCCGCGGGACGCAGGGGGAAGGUGAGCGCCGCCGCCGGUGGCUUGUUAGGCCGCCUUUCCCGAGAUGCUUAGUGAGAGGAAGUGAGGCCAUCUUUGGUUCCGUCUGCUCUGACAAUAACAAUAACAAUCACAGAGUGGGGGGGAGAGCUGAGGCAGGCCGGGGCCUUCCAUGAGCUGGGGAGAGAGCUGAGCCAGGCUUUGGGGGAAGAGAGCUGAGCCAGGCUCUGGGAGGGGGGGAGAGAGCUGAGCCAGGCUCUGGGAGGGGGGAGAGCUGAGCCAGGCUCUGGGAGGGGGAGAGAGCUGAGCCAGGCUCUGGGAGGAGAGAGCUGAGCCAGGCCUGGGAGGGGGGGGGAGAGAGCUGAGCCAGGCUCUGGGAGGGGAGAGAGCUGAGCCAGGCUCUGGGAGGGGGGAGAGAGCUGUUGUGCCUGGGAGUGGGGGAGAGAGCUGAGCCAGGCUUUGGGGGGAGAGAGCUGAGCCAGGCUUUGGGGGGAGAGAGCUGAGCCAGGCUCUGGGGAGAGAGAGCUGCCAGGCCUGGGAGGGGGGGGAGAGAGAGCUGAGCCAGGCUCUCUGGGAGGGGGGAGAGAGCUGAGCCAGGCUCUGGGAUGGGGAGAGCUGAGCCAGGCUUUGGGGAGAGAGCUGAGCCAGGCUUGGGGGGAGAGAGCCGUGAGCCAGGCUUUGGGGGAGAGAGCUGAGCCAGGCUCUGAGGCGGGGGGAGAGCUGAGCCAGGCCUCUGGGAGAGCUGAGCCAGGCUCUGGGGGGAGAGAGCUGAGCCAGGCUCUGAGAGAGCUGAGCCAGGCCUGGGAGAGAGCUGAGCCAGGCUCUGGGGGAGAGAGAGCUGAGCCAGGCUCUGGGAGGAGGGGGGAGAGCUGAGCCAGGCUCUGGGAGAGAGCUGAGCCAGGCUCUUAGGAGGAGGGGGUGGUAGAGAGCUGAGCCAGCCUGGGGGAGAGCUGAGCCAGGCUUGAGGGGAGAGCUAAGGCCAGGCUGGGUCUGCACUGAGCUGGGAGGGAGAGGUGAGCCAGACUGGGUCUACACUGAGCUGGGGGACAGCUGAGGCAGGCUGGUGCCUUCACUGAGCUGGGGGACAGCUGAGGCGGGCUGGUGCCUUCACUGAGCUGGGGGACAGCUGAGGCGGGCUGGUGCCUUUACUGAGCUGGGGGUAGAGCUCAGCCGGGUUGGGACCUUUACUGAGCUGGGGGUAGAGCUCAGCUGGGUUGGGACCUUUACUGAGCUGGGGGUAGAGCUCAGCCGGGUUGGGACCUUUACUGAGCUGGGGGUAGAGCUCAGCCGGGUUGGGACCUUUACUGAGCUGGGGGUAGAGCUCAGCCGGGUUGGGACCUUUACUGAGCUGGGGGGAAGGAGAGCUGAGCCAGACUGUGGUCUUUACCGAGCUGGAGGGGGAGAGCCUAGCCAGGCUGGGGCCUUUAUUUAGUUGGAGGGAAAGCUGAAUCAGGCUGGGGCUUUCCCUGAGCUGGAGGGUAGAGCUGAGCCAGGCUGGGACUUUCAUUGAGUUGGUGGAGGCUGGCUGGCUGAAGGGGUCCUCCUGAUGAGAGGCUGCGGCUACCAGGGGGAUCCCUGUCCUGUCUGAUUCCCGAACCCAAGGCUGAACUGCUGUUUUCAUGUUUCUCACAGGUUUAUCAUCCCCCAACCCCUCAGCUCCUGAGGUCAGGCCAGAGGGUAACAGCUCCUCCAAAAAGAGAAAGUUGAACAGCAGCAGUGAAAAGGAAGACUUUGAUCCCCACCCAUCACCCAAGCACUCAAACACGUCCUCCAACCACAUUCAGAAGAAGCUCAGGUUUGAGGACACCCUGGACUUUAUUGGACUCGAUGUGAAGAUGGCUGAGGAGUCUCCCUCCUCAUCUUCCUGCUCUUCCAUUACACCCCAGACAUUGAGGAGUAAAAACCUGCUUCUGUCUCCGGUGUCAGCUGGGCACCAUGCCAAUGGGCUCACCAAAGCCUCCCCUGUUUCUAGUUUUGCCAACAGCAAGCCUGGGUCUGCCAAGAAGUUAGUAAUAAAGAACUUUAAAGGUAAAUAAAAAGGGAUUUGCGCCAUCACCAGUUUGUUUGGCACCAGGAAACCCAUUGGAUGUUAGGGUGCCUAGUGUGUGGUUUGUUGCAAUUUCUGCAGUUUUCACAUGCCUCAUAAAAACCAGGUGGAUGUUGGUUUUUCCGUUAAGUGCAAAUAUUCAGAUAUUCACCUAGGUUUCCUGUAUUCUGUUUGUAUUUGUAAUCAUUGUGUAUUCAUAGAUUAACAUGUUAAAAUAAGGUAGUAAGUAAAGUCACAAUGUUAAAGUUGGAAAAUCUAAUCUUUGCCAAUUGGCUUAUUACUGGUGGUGUUUGUAAUUUUUACAAAUUAAGCACAGCAUUGUCAUUUGUGUUAUCCUGCAUAGUUGGAUUAUCAUGAAACGUUAUGUCAGUCUAGUGGUAAAGUUAGAAGUGGUAAAUUAAAUACUAACUUUACAAAGAUAUUUUAACUUAUCUCAAGUGAAUCCAAUCAAAGUAGAAGAAAAUGGUAAAGUUAGUAGUGCCAUGCUGAUACGUUUUAUUAAUGCUGCACAAAUGUGUGGAAAUAAUCAUGGCUAUUUCAAAAAUUGUUUGAUGCACUGCACAUCACUGAAUCUGUAUAGCUCCAUAUAUCAUUCUCAAAUUAAUUAUGAUUAUAUACCUGUUCAGGAACCAUGUCAGUGAUGUACUCUUGCGCACGUAGGAACCUUCAUAGACUAUGUCUUGCAAGAAGAAACCUGACAGGCUUUUGCCAAGAAUGAUCAAACCUUGGACUUUAAAGGACCACUGAAGGCACCCAGACCACUUCAGCUUAAUGAAGUGGUCUGGGUGCCUGGUCCAGCUAGGUUAAACCCCUUUUUCUAUAAACAUAGCAGUUUCAGAAAAAAGUGAAUGUCUCUCUAGUGGCUGUCUCAUUGACAGAUGCUAGAGGGCUUCUCACUGUGAUUGUGAAUGCUUUCCUAUGGACUGUCUGCGCGCGCAGCUCCGGCCGCGCAUGCGCAUUCAGCCGAGGAGGAGGAGAGUCCCCCGCCCAGCGCUGGAAAAGAGGUAAGUUAUUGUUAUUGUCAGAGCAGACGGAACCACCCCCGAGAGUCUGGCGGGAGGGGGUCCCUGAGGGUGGGGUCACCCUCAGGGCACUAUAGUGCCAGGAAAACAACUAUUUUCCUGGCACUACAGUGGUCCUUUAACAUCUUAAAAAGUGAAUACAUGCAAAAGGUGUUUGGAGCUCUGAUUUUUGCCACAUUUUGCCAAAAAUCAUCUACUACAUAAGACAAACUAGCACCUUGUCUUGUGUUCUCUUUUGUUUAUGUUAAUAUUUUAUUAAAGUGACACUCAGGCACCAUAACAACUUCAGCAUAUUGAAGUAGUUAAGGUGUCAGAAUGUCCCUGGUGCUGGCUCACCUUUAGGGUUUAAACCAUUCACGUAUGGUUUAACCCCAAAGUUUGUGUUCCAGAGCUGGAUCUCUCUGGCCUCUUGUUUGCUGAAAAGCUUUGAAACUGAAGAUUUUCUGACUGAGAGCGGUCAGCUAACGCUCUUAUUCGAUCCCCAUUCACAAAGCGGCUUGAGAGAGGCAGUUUUUUGUGAUUGAUUUAACCUGUAUAGGUGAGCCCGUGCCUGGGGUUUCCUGGCACCCUAACCAUUUUAUUUUGAUGAAGUUAUGAUGCCGAAACUGGUCCUUUAAAUUACAACACACAAAGGGCUAUUUACUGAGGUGGGAAUUGUCAGAAAAUCUAAAUGAUUUUUAUUUGUUUUAGAUUGAACAGCAUGAGGUUGCACAGACAGACAUUCUUAUGAGGUUGAACAUCAACAUUGAUAGUUACAUUGUUCCCAAUAUUAAAGGACCACUAUAGUGCCAGGAAAACAUACUUGUUUUCCUGGCACUAUAGUGCCCUGAGGGUGCCCCCACCCUCAGGGUCCCCCUCCCGCCCGGCUCGGGAAAGGGGUUAAAACUUACCUUUUUCCAGCGCUGGGCAGGGAGCUCUCCUCCUCCGUUCCUCCUCCUGGGCUGAAUGCGCACGCACGGCAAGAGCUGCGCGCGCAUUCAGCCGGUCGCAUAGGAAAGCAUUUACAAUGCUUUCCUAUGGACGCUGGUGUACUCUCACUGUGAAAAUCACAGUGAGAAGCACGCAAGCGCAUCUAGCGGCUGUCAAUGAGACCCAUGAAUGAGUUUAAAAGUUGGAUGAGGUUGAUAUUGCUAGUGUGGAUGUAAAAGUUCAGCAGCGUCAGUAGUGGAGCACAAAGCCCAGCCACGGGUCAGGUCAGACCACUAAAAAUGGUUUGACUGAGAUAUGGUACUUGCAUUCUUAUGGCAUCAUGAUCACUACAUAGGCACGCAGGUAGUGGUUACGAUACCUAGACUGUUAUAUUAAUGGAGGUCGAACAGAUUCAGCUAACAAGAUAUAUUAUUCCACAACCCACACAUUAUAUUUAACCUCCUAAGUGGCAGUACAUUUUAUUGUUGCUAUGAAUUAGAGGAGCAGUCCAAACACCAUAAAAACCACAACUGUGGUGCCUGGGUGCCAUGGCUCCCUCCCAGAGCAAAUGGUCAAACUAUUUUAGAAUGGUUUAAGAUCUUACCUGAGUCUUCCAGGUCCUGAUCCCUGUCUUCACUACAUCAGCCAGAGAGCCUCUCUGUCUUUGCUGAGUUCUUAAACUGUUUGACUACUAACUUAAAAUUUUUCAUAAAUAUAUUUUUAUGAAAUGCAACUAAAAUAUCAUAAACCUAAACUUGUGCCUUUUUUUUUUUUUUUUUAAUAAUGUAGCAAUGGGCAGAAAUUCAGCCACCACAACUUAGCAUUUCUCAUCUCAUGGCAUCUUAUUGUGCAUGCACAAGAUCAUCUAUAGGGAAUCCUGUUGUAAGAAAUGCAAAAUUUAGCCUCAUCUUCAAUUUUCAACAGUAAAUAGACUACAGAAAGCAGUAGAAACUAUUAGUGAACCAUAGUGGAAAAGUGAUUGCAUUGAUGUCAAUGCAAACCCACCAAAAACUGCUGUGCAUUCUUGAAUGUAUUAUAGACCAUGCAGAGUCACAAUGUGAUGACCAUUGCAUGCCGUGGCAUGUGACAUCACUGGCAUCAUAUACCCGUUGAGUGCUGCCUUUAAACAAAACAAACAAACAAAAAAAAAACAAUAUUUUAAUGCACCAUGUGAUUCUUUACAGGCUAGCUAGCAUAUUCCCUGAUGGUUAAGGAGUGCUUUGAGUACAUGUUUUUUUUCUUUUGUUUAUGGGUGUUUUUUUUUGUCACCAAAUACAGCAUUGAACCAAUAUGGCACACCAUCCUCUUGUUCUGCGUAGGUACUUUCCAGGUUUACAAUGGUGCUGAUACCAACAGAAAGGGCAGAGCCAAUGACUAGUUUCUGUUAAUACCUAAACUAGUAGAAACACAAACUUCAAGUGUGACUAGCAAAUGUAUUUUGGCUAAUACUCUAAAAUGACUAAGAUAAUAAAGCAAAUCAAUAUGUCAAUCUGUGAUCUAUAAGAAAAAAAAUAUUAGUGACCUCUUAAAGGGACUCUCAUCCACAAAAUUUGUCAUGUCAAAGUCCCUCUUCUAUUGAGGUUUAGCUUGUGCUGGCGAAACUAAUCUAAAAUGUAAAGAUAAAGAAACAGACUUUCCUGUAGCUCAUUUGUGACAUUUAACUGCCUGGGAAUCCACUUGUAUUUUUUAUUGUAUCGGAAUAUGUUCUUGGUAUUACCUUGAAGAUAAAGGCUUAAAAGCAGCAGUAAUUAUAUUGUGCUUAGUUUUUUUUGUUUUGUUUUUUUACUUUGGUUUGUUUGCUUGUAGUCAGACUGCUGCUGAGGCUGAUAUACUCAUCACAGAUCUUUGUGGACAAUAUGGGCCAAACCAGAAAUGGCAAAAAGAGCCCCUCUGAUUUCAAAUGAGAAGAUAUGACCACCACACUGGUUUUCUUUUCCUCUGAAUAGUGGCUAGUGUUACAAAAUGUGAGUUUGAAUAGUGCUUUGUAAGCUGGAAUUUGUUGCAAGUACAUAUUUCAUUUAGUGACAAAUAAGAGGAAGGUGUCCUAUGUCAUUGCUAGGUUUUUGCAGUUUAGUCAUGGUUGUUUUGGAAGGGGGUGAAACAUUGUUCUGCCUUAAAGGAAUACUUCAGAAGUAUUAGUAAAUCUAGCCCUCACCCUUGUAUCUGUCAAUCAUGCAUCCAGAAUGCAGAGUUCUGGCUUCCUGAUGUUGGUUUUGCAAAGUGUUCAGUUGUAUCUACAAAGAAGAACUGAGCCACAACCUGCAGCUCUGCCUAUCUCUGCACACAAUCCAGCUCACUUAAAACGUGAAUCACUCUCUGUGUUAUCUGAUGGCAACCAUGCAUGGCUGCUAUCCGUUUACAAAAUGGUUUUGCUUCUCAUACAGUAUGAGUGGAACUGCUACCUUACUGUAAACUUCUUAUCACACAAAUCUCUGGUGGACAGGAGUUUAUGGGAUAAAAAUUGACCACAUAGAUUCUCCUGAUUGGAGCAUGUAGUCCUGUGGCAUGAGGGUUCUGUAGUUUUAGGCAGUUUGACUAGACGGUACUAAACAAGAGAACUUGAUUAAAGGUUUAUUUGUAAAUUAUAAUUUUUUUUUUUGGUGUGUGUAUUUGUAUAAUAUGUUCAAAAUGGUGUGGGUGGUGGGCUUGGUAUAGUACCUGACCUGAUCUUGUUUAACACAAAGCUGCAAAGGUUAAAGUGCAGGAAGAAGGCAAAUUAGCAGAGCUAAAGGAACACUAUAUGGUUAGGAACAUAAGUGUGGCCGGCCUCCUUGUAUGCUCCUUUAAAAAGGUAUUUUGCUUACCUUUAUUCCAUUGCUGUGAGUGUCCACCGGUGCUGGCUCUGCCUCCUUGGCUGUCAUCAGAACUGAUGAGCUGACAUCAUCAUAAUAGCUUUGGCCAAUCAGCAUCUCCACGCAGACCACCUCUAGUGGCUGUCUAAGUGACUGGCACAAGAGGUCUCCCUAGGGGGGAAAAAAGUCUGCAGGGACUGACUAUACUCGCCAGAACCACUGCAUUAAGCUGUAGUUGUUCUGGUGACUAUAGAGUCCCUUUAAAGAUAGAUAGAGAUAGAUAGAUAUAUCUAUCUAUCUCUAUCUCACACACACACUCUGGACAAAGGAAUCUCUGCAUUUACCCUAUGACAUAUCUUACUACAGACAAUAUAUAAAAUGGGGUUAACAAAAUUAUGUAGUAACACCUUAACUACGACAUGUCAAUCCAUACCUUCAAGCAGGUAAACAUCCAAUGACUGAAGUAUCCAGUUGGUAUUUCCCACUGUCACUUUGGCUAAAUUUAGUAGCCCCCAUGCUGACCUUUUGAUGCAUACACAGCUCUCUAUAGUUGUAAGCUGUGCACAUCUAUAGCUAUGGACAUAGCUUAACUUCUGUGUUUAGUGAUGUCAUCUAUAGCUUCUCCAGCUGCGAAAAUCCUUUUGCCGAUAGAGUGUUAAGGCAGUGUUAAGUAUUGGGAGACAAUGCUUAGAUGGGUUCUUAGGAUUAAAGGAAUAGCGUCCAAAAUUGUUGUCACGAACUAAACCAAACCAUGGUCUUUAAAGGAGCAAUCUGUAUACUUUAAUUAUUGAUCGUACAGUAGUGGUUAUACUUCUGGCUGUAUACCAUCCCCCUGUAAUGGAUCAAAACAUUUUGAGCACUUUGACCAAAACCAGGGUUAUGUUGGAUAGGCAGAUUCUUUUAACUUUUGCAUCUUAAAGGAAUACUCGAAGCACCAAAACAACUUUAGCUCAAUGAAACAUUUUUUUUUUUUGUGUGUAGAUUAUGCCCCUGAUCAAUUUGAUGCUGUGUUUAGAAAUUUAAUACCGUUUGUUUACUGCUUAUGCCUAUCUAGCCACACCUCCCCAGACUGUGACUCACACAGCAGAAAAAAACACUAACAAGCAAUGAUUUCAUGUUCAGACAGGUCUGACCGCACAGUGUGUUUUACCUUAGAAGUUAUCUCCUGCUCUGUUAAUUAACCUUUAAUCACACACAGUAGGCUCUUGGCUCAAAUGGGCAAUUUAGCAGAGCAGAAGACAAGAUAUUCUGAAUUACACCAAUUGCAAUAAAGAAAGUUUAAACUUUACAGGUCUGUUUACAGAAAAUGUGUAGGUCACAUGCAUGGGAGGUGUGACUAGGACUUUAUAAACAGUGAUUCAGGUGCUAAAUGGCAGAGAAUAUAGCAGUGACACUGCAGGGGAAUGGUCUAUACACCAAAGCUGCUUCAUUAAGCUAAAGGUGUUUUGAUAUUGAGUGUCAUACCUGGCUGAGAAUAAUUUUGGUUAAGACUUCAUAGCUUGUGACUCAACAUAUACUGUAAGCCUUUCUAACCCUCUAACUAGAAGCACUCCUUAACUUUUAGAUCAUUAUUCUGCUGUAUUGGCCUUUAAGAACAUGUGUCCUGUUGUGCUCUUUGCGUCAUUAUAGUGUGUUUUAGUGCCCUGUUUAUUAAAGGGCUACUCUAGCUAGAUUUUAUACUUUAUCUUUUCAUGCUUUAACGCUCUUGCAUAUUUUUCCAGGUCUCCCCUUGUUUUUACACAAAUGGUAUGCAGAAAUAGUUAACUUGCCUGUCUGUGCCUGGCCAAAUCCUCCCUGAUAAUGUCCACUCCUUCUCCACUGUCACUCAGUGUCUCUUGCCCUUUCGGGACGAGGUCUAAUUAUAUGUAGUUCCGUUGUUGGACUUUGUGGACAUGCACAGUGAGCUUGGCAAAUGUGCCAGUGCUUUUUUGAUGGAAAAGCAUUGAAUCUAUCAGAAACCCUGAAUGCAACACUGGGCAUGCGGUGACAGCUUAUCUCGCUGCUACAUUCUGCCCACCAACUAACCAAACUUCUGGGAGGGGAGGGAGCUAGAUAAAGCAAGGGAAUUAAUGGAGGUUGCAUUUGCUCUCUCGGCACGGACUCCAAGUGAAGAAGGUCACUGGGUGCAGUGCAUGCUGACGGAAAUAUUUUUGCACAGAACUCCCAUUAGGCAGUCUGGAACAGAGUUCCGCACCCAGUCACGUGUGCUGGAUAUGCAACUGUUACCCAGCACAAAAGUACAGCUAUCUGUUAUUUGUUUUCUUAUUCUAAGUGACUUGAUUACAUUUAAAUUCUACUUAAAUUGCUGCAGACCUUCAACGAUUAAAGCACAAAAUCACUUUGUGUUUACAUUGUGCAUUGUUUUAUCAUUGUAUAAUCAACUACUGUGUUUUUGUAAUACGUACAUUUCUAUUUGCAGAUAAACCCAAAUUGCCUGAAAAUUACACAGAUGAAACGUGGCAAAAAUUGAAAGGAGCAGUGGAAGCCAUUCAAAAUAGCACUUCAAUAAAAUACAACCUAGAAGAACUAUACCAGGUAAGUGAGUGAACUUUGUACUGCAUGCCUUUUUAUUUGAAAUAACUGGAAAACAAAAUACAAUUUCAAUUCAUCGUGUGUGUGUGUGUGUGUGUGUAUAUGUAUAUAUGUGUAUAUAUAUAUAUAUAUAUAUAUAUAUAUGUAUGUAUGUGUGUAUAUAUAUAUAUAUACACUCCAACGCACUCACCCCAGCAGCACUCCCAUUUAUGCAUGUUAAGGUGAGUGCAGCCAACCCCCUCUUGUUUUUAUAUAUAUAUAUAUAUAUAUAUAUAUAUAUAUAUAUAUAUAUAUAUAUAUAUAUAUAUAUAUAUAUAUAUAUAUAUAUAUAUAUAUAAUAUGUGUGUGUGUAUAUAUAUAUAUAUAUAUAUAUUGUGAUCCUUGUCACCAGGUAGCACGGUCCUCUAGGGCAAAAACAUGCACAGUCCUUGUAGUUGCAAAUACUUCAGGCACUUUAUUUGUAAAUCCACACAGGAUACAGCAGUAAAUGAAAAUCAAAAGUAACAGAAAACCCUAUAAACAAACGCCUAGCUCGUCUGAGCACUAACUGACUUUAGUUCCCUAUCUCUCAGGGUUAAACUAAACACAAUAUUGCACCAACCUUAUUAGAGAGCAACGCUCUGCUAUCUAACCUGUUGCUUUCCUUUCUGCACUCCCAGUGCUCCAAGCCAGCCUUGCCCUGACUGCUUUGCUUUCUGCACUCCCAGUGCUCCAAGCCAGCCUUGCCCUGACUGCUUUCCUUUCUGCACUCCCAGUGCUCCAAGCCAGUCUUGCCCUGACUGCUUCCUUUCUGCACUCCAAGUGCCUAGUCACCUUGACUAUCUGGAGAGAACAGCCUCUCUCUCCUACCUGCUUCCUGGGAGGAAGCCAGCAAUCCCUCUCCUUUUCCUGCCUAGCCGGGAGGAGUUUAUUCCCACUGCAACAGCUGAUUACCUGCAGCUGAGCAGUGGGUUGGAGACAGUCCAACAAACCCUGGCCUGGAUCUAUGUCUCCCCAGAACACCACUAAACUGUGGAGUGGAGCAUUGGCCCACCCUUCUCUCCAAAUGCUCCACCCCAGGGGCCCAUAACUAAACAAUGUGUUGUGUUGUGCAAAACACAAACUACACAUACUCCCCCUGGGGUUAGAAGGCCUAUCUGCCUUCACUUUAUCACAUAUCCUCCUCCCCAGCUCAGACCCAUCGGGUCGAGCGGCCUUAGAACACAAACCGUGAACAUUCAUAACACCUAGGCCUCUACCAGCCCUGACUAGCUUCUCAGUUACAGGAAGUGGCCUAUUGUAGAUAGCGGCUACCUUGCUCCCUUGUAUUUUAAGGAGCCCCCGCCCAAGUGGAUAACCCAAAUAGUUAUCAAAUCCCAGAUAACACGUAGCAGUGUUAUCGGUCAAACCGGCAGCCUUUACAUUAUUUACAACUAACCGGACCUUCAUCAGGUGUGCUACCCAGUCCGCCCUGUUAAACACCACAUCAAGGUAGGCAGCUGCAUACUCUGGCUGGAACAGAACACUUUUCAUCAGAGUAACCUCACUCCCUGAAUCUGUCAGUGCUUGUGCACUCUUCCCUACCACCAUCACCACUUUUAGCUGUGCUGUAACUCCACCACCAGUCACCAUACACAUCUUUAAGCAAGUCAUUACUAUCCUAUGCAGAGCCCUUAUUCCUAUGUCACAUUGUAUUGGCUCUUCACUCUCAGGACAGUUAUAUGCAAUAUGUCCUUGCAUGUGGCAGUUGAAGCAUAUGAGUUCUUUCUCAGUCUGGUCUCGUAUGGAGCGCUGUUCUUGUGCCGGAGGCCCAGACUCCCGGCGUAGCUCAUCUUUCCUUUGCCUGGUUUCCUCUGCUUGCUCAGCCUUGAGUGGCCACCUCUCAACAUCAGCAAUGCUUUCCUCUGGGCUUUCUGGCGGUCUCCCUGUUCCCUUGGGGGUGUCCAGAGACGCAGUCAUGGCCUCUCGCUGGAUCAUGACAGCCCCGGUAUCAAACAGCUGGUCAGGCAGUCCGAGUCCCGCCUUUAAUUCCACAACUGUGUUCCCCGAAUAUGGCAGCUGUUCGAGGUAGUUAGUGCGCCCAGGCCUUGUAGCAGUAGUCUUUGCCAGCAGAUUCAGUUCUACGGCUCCCGAACAAUCCUUCAAAGUGUUUGUAGCUAUACCAGGUGUCUUUGAAAUAUUUAUUUCUGUUAAGCCAAUGUCAUCUACUAUGUCACUUUCACCUUGGUUGGGAUUAGGUGCGUACGUGCCAAUCUUAUUACCACAGCUUGGUUCUGUAACAGUCGCUCUCUCUUGGUUUAGAUCAGAAGCGGCUACUUUGCCUUUCUUGUUUUGACUUUGUUUUGCUACUACUUCUCGGCCUAGCUUUUCUCUGCCAAACUGUUCAACAGCUGGUCGACAUUCUUGGGUAGCCUCAGCUACUAGACAGUGCACCACAUUGUUAUACUCCACUGGGGUGCCUUGCUUCUCUCCAUUUUCCUCAGCUCCUCUGCUGUUGUCUUCUCUGACUCCCCAAGUCAGUCUGCUUUUCAUGCCUUUGACUUGUUCACUUGGGUGUACAUCAGGGGCUUCUGCUUCAUUUUUUACACAAACCGGCUUGACACUGCUGGCCUCAGCCAUAGUCUUUUUUUCUCCUUUCUGAUUCUUCUGACCUUUCUUACUUUGGCGCAUGUCAUCAGUGUCGCCAUCACUGCCUCUUGGCAAUUCCGCUUUUUCCUUCAGCUUUGCUGGACUCUUUACUAACUUUUUUUCUUUUUGUUCCUUUGAGGAUCCAGCUGGCUUUUCACCCUCUUCCAUUUUAUCACUUCUUUCAGGCUCAAUUUCAUCCUUCUUGCCUUUUAAUUCCUGUUCUUUCUCUCCUGCGUGUUUCUCAACAGCACGCUUUGCUGCCUCCAUGCUUUUCAGCUUGCUGAAGACUUCUUCUACUGCCUCUGUCAUCCCAUGCAGGAUGUCAGUAGCUUGGUUACAGGGUCCCUUGUCCUCACGCUCCCUGCAGGGGGCAAUCUGCAAAACUUCAGUAAGGGCAGCUCUAUGCUCCUGCUGAGCGUCCCUCAGGUUCUUAACCUGUGCAGCCAGGAAACUGUUUGUGCCUUGUUGUUUAGCCGUUGCCUGUACCACAGCUCUCAGCAGGUCCUCCAUUAUAGCACCAAGCAGGUAACAGUCUUAAAGGUACAGUGCUACUUAUUUGAUUAGCAGGUCUGCCAAAAUAAAAGUCCUCAAGCAGACUACCAGAUGACUGGCACACCCACAGACCCUCACUGUGCUACUGUGCCCGCAUUCUCCACCAUAUUGUGAUCCUUGUCACCAGGUAGCACGGUCCUCUAGGGCAAAAACAUGCACAGUCCUUGUAGUUGCAUAUACUCAGGCACUUUAUUUGUAAAUCCACACAGGAUACGGCAGUAAAUGAAAAACAAAAGUAACAGAAAACCCUAUAAACAAACACCUAGCUCGUCUGAGCACUAACUGACAUUAGUUCCCUAUCUCUCAGGGUUAAACUAAACACAAUAUUGCACCAACCUUAUUAGAGAGCAACGCUCUGCUAUCUAACCUGUUGCUUUCCUUUCUGCUCUCCCAGUGCUCCAAGCCAGCCUUGCCCUGACUGCUUUGCUUUCUGCACUCCCAGUGCUCCAAGCCAGCCUUGCCCUGACUGCUUUCCUUUCUGCACUCCCAGUGCUCCAAGCCAGUCUUGCCCUGACUGCUUCCUUUCUGCACUCCAAGUGCCUAGUCACCUUGACUAUCUGGAGAGAACAGCCUCUCUCUCCUACCUGCUUCCUGGGAGGAAGCCAGCAAUCCCUCUCCUUUUCCUGCCUAGCCAGGAGGAGUUUAUUCCCACUGCAACAGCUGAUUACCUGCAGCUGAGCAGUGGGUUGGAGACAGUCCAACAAACCCUGGCCUGGAUCUAUGUCUCCCCAGAACACCACUAAACUGUGGAGUGGAGCAUUGGCCCACCCUUCUCUCCAAAUGCUCCACCCCAGGGGCCCAUAACUAAACAAUGUGUUGUGUUGUGCAAAACACAAACUACACAUACUCCCCCUGGGGUUAGAAGGCCUAUCUGCCUUCACUUUAUCACAAUAUAUAUUCAUUUAUUGCUAUUUAGAGCUCUAAAUGUUUGUUUUUGUUGAUUGAGAUAGAUAGAUAGAGAUAUAUAUAUAUAUAUAUAUAUAUAUAUAUAUAUAUAUAUAUAGAUAGAUAGAUAGAUAGAUAGAUAGAGAUAUAUAUAUAUAUAUAUAUAUAGAUAUAUAUAUAGUGUUUUUUAUUUUUAUGUAGCUAUUGUGCCAUGUCAUUGUCCUGAUAUUUUUUAUUUUUUGUGUGUGGUUUUUUGAGACUAUAAUCUUUAAAUUAUUUUUAGAUUAUGUUCAUGAUAUUAGUGUGUGUGGUGCUGCAGAAGCACAAUGACACACAUACUGCAUGUUAUGGAGUUCCUGUUGCAGUAGCAGGUUAUUAAUAAAAGUGUGAAUUGUUGAGCUUUUUUUUUUUUUGUUUUUUUUUUUUUUUUGUUACCCCCCAUCCACCCCCAUAAAUUUCAUGUACACAAAGUUAAAACAAAUCUCCCAUAUUUAAGUGGAGGCAAAUAUAAUGAACCAUUAUAAAGUUGUUUUGGUUGAAGGUACAGUAAGGUGUAAUUCCGAACUAAUGCUCAGGUAAAGGUCUGGAUAAGAGGAGGCCAGAGUAAUUUUUUUAAUAAUACAGAAGCCUAUUGAUUGUGGACCUGGAAAGCCUGUGAAUUUCAUAUUUUUACGCACAAUAGGUAAACUGAAAACAGCUGACUUCCAAUUCUGCUUUUUCAUCAGAAAUAAUUGUGAAUUAUAUAACAACCUUUUCAUAUCUUAAUAAGUACACACGCACAAUACUUGAAAUGACCUUUUAGAGGUGCCUUGACAAAUCAUAUUUUAGUCCUGGGUUUAACUCUGUUUUCCGACAUUGGAAGAUGCUUGCAGAGAAAUGGGUUGUGGAUUAUGUAUUGUGUGAUACCUUUGAUAACUUUUGCUUGAUACCUGGCCUGCUGAUAUUCAAAAAAUAUUGAACUGUUGCCAAAAUCAGUUUGUAGUGUAGGCCAAGGAGUUUAUUUUAACGCAUGUUUAUCAGCUGCUUUGAGCUUUUCACAUCUUUUAUAUUUUUGGGAAACCUGUUGGAAAGUCAAAACCUGUAGGGUAAGAUUACCUUCAAAGGUAAAGGUUUGCAUGUCCAUCAGAAUUAUUUAUGAAUACCUCCUGAAGCUGUGACAACAUUUAUGUAUUUUAUUAAAUGAUUACAUCAGAUUUUGCAUAAAUGUCCCCCUUAUGUGUUGUGUCUUUGUUUAGGCUGUUGAAAACCUCUGCUCUUACAAGAUCUCUGCAAACCUCUAUAAACAACUAAGACAGAUCUGCGAAGACCACAUCAAAGCACAAAUCCAUCAGUUCAGAGAAUAUCCUUUGCAUGGUAAACUUUCUAAUAGAGCAAUUGUUGAAAGGGAAACUACAAGUACCAUAACAAUCAGUGGCUCUUACAUUCGUUAUACGGGUACAUAAAGAGACAGGGGAUCUCCUUGCACAAAAACUACAGCUAUCUGUUAACACUCUCUAUUGAGGGAAAACUGCUCUGCCUCCAUCUCAUACAUGUAAUUUUUUUUAAAUUUUUUUUUUAAGUUCUCUCAUAGCUUUCUAUGAAAGCCUGUUCUGAUCUUGUUGCAUUUUUAUGGAAUAUACUCUGUGCAUAAUUGUGAGACAGCCAGGUUUAGUGGAGAUAAUUUUUUUUGUUUGUGUUUUUUUGGGUGUUCAGGGAAAACCUGCUAGCUUUUUUUUUUUCGUCCCUCGAACAUGAUCUAAACCACAUUUAACACAAUAUAGCCACACUGUGCACCAAUGUGUUCGGUGCUUUUUAUUUUUUGUAAAUACGUUUUUAUUGAACGUGCAAUCUUUCAGAUCCUCAAAUAGCUAUGAAUGUGCGACAAUUAGGACACGCAGGUCCCUUCAAAAUGAAACCAUAACAGUUUUAGUAGGAAGUGAUGUCCGCUCAGUCAUAUAUCGGUGACACGCAGGUCACAACAUAACAUGCAUUAUCUUACUAACAGGACUGCUAAGCACAUUCCUUACAGUAUCAGGUAGUAAUGCGCUAACUUGUGGUGAGAUUCGUAGACCUCAGUCUGCAUCUGAACUACCAUGGCGUGGGCACAACAUGCGCAAAGAGUAACGCCAAUAACAUUGGCACUUUCGUAAGCCCAGUGGUCUACAACCUUGGUGAACACAUAAGUCUUGCGUGCAUUCUCUUACCAGACAUCUGGUAUGGGGUUAGUCCCAAGAUAGUAUCUACUACUGUGGGGGGUGCAGUACGAGUCAGUCUUACAGAGUACUAUAGUCAAGUACCAGGCCAUGGCCUCUCCCAUCCGUCAGCCCUGACACUAGCGUCUCCCGCUCUGUGGUGGUUACUUAGGGUUAGUACGGAGUGUCUAUUGUCAAGAGCUGGAUCUUCAUCUGGUUCUCAUGUGCGGGGCGAAGUCCACGUGGAGUGGCUUCGUGGUGUGGCAAGUCAUCUCUAUUGUCUUGCUUCCUGUCUGGCGGUGUUAGGUGUAGUCCUCUAGUCUUUAGUUACUACCUGAAUCUGUACUGUGUCAUGCAAGUGCACCCCUCAUAGUGUUCGGUGCUUUUUAAUUUAAUUUUUUUCUUGUGGAGUGUACAAAUUUUAAAAAUACUUCACUGAUUUUGUAUUUGAUAUUAUCAUUUCUAAAGAGCAAUGUGUGACCCUGCAGCUUCAAAUGUUUUGUUUUAUUUUUCUGUCAGCAAAUGGGACUCAUCCAAAAUAAUUUAUACUUCAUUAAAAAUGGUAACUGGGGUAAAGGGUUAUGUUUGUAGCAUUAUGUUAACAUGUUCCUUUUGUAUAAUCCCAAAAUAUUACUUUAUUUUAUCAGAAUCUUCCUUCUGUUUUUACUGUUUUACCUUAAUGCUGAAAUCACAGAUUCAUUGGAUAGUGUUCUUUUCCUAAAGAAAAUUGACAAAUGCUGGCAGGAUCACUGCAGGCAAAUGGUAAGUGUUACGCCUUUGCAGAAUACAAGCCCUUGAUCGUUCGGACAAGCUAACAUGCAGUUAACUUGGCCAUAUCUACACAUUAACAGAAUAUGUAUUCAACAUUUUCUCAAUGCAUGUGAACAGGUUAUGAUGAGAAAAUUCUUUAUUUUUCUAAUUUCACAUUCGAUGAAAACAUUUGAGUGGACAACAUGGCAAAGAGUAAUGCAGUAAUAAGUGUUCAACAUCUUGUACAUAUAAUAGCAGGAGAAGGAAAGAGCUGUUGUGCUUAGUACCGAAGUGUGUGUGUGUGUGUGUGUAUGUAUGUAUGUAUAUGUAUAUGUAUAUGUAUAUAUAUAUAUAUAUAUAUAUAUAUAUAUAUAUAUAUAUAUAUAUUAUAUAUUAUAUGUGUGUGUAUGUAUGUGUGAGAUGAGCAUUUUGGUUUUAGUAGAAUGCCUGUCUGAGAUUCCAAAGAGUGGAAUUACCAUUGGGUCAUGUGACUAAUGCAUAGACGAGAGUUAACUGUGCCCAUGAUGGGUAGUUCCAUCCCUGAGAGAAACAGUAGGUAUUAAAUCUUAUCACUAAUCAAAAAGUAUGGGAAAGGAUGGAGGGGAGGUUUACCAGUUGUAUCUUUUUUUAUUUAUUUAUUUUUUUAACCCAUUAAUCGGUUGACAAACCUACACUGAUAUUACACAGGUAAUAUUCUAGUGCGGGUUUUGGAAAUGGUAGAAGCCCCUGUCCCAAAUGUACGGAUAGUGUUGGUACUGCGUGAUGGCACUGUCCCACAUUCCCCCUUAUAUGGAAAUGGGGAAAGGAGUAAACAAGAGUAGGGAAGAGAAAGCAACCAUAAAGUUAUAUCUGCUUUUCAACGGUAGUACUGGAGAAGUCCCUGGUUUUUAUAUGGGAUCUUGGCAGUCAAGACAUCAGCCUCCUUGGCUCGGUUUGCUCCCAGUCAUGUUGCGGCGCCGGUAGGCAAUGUGUCCGUGCCUGCCACGAUGUGAACUCCCGGACCCUAGCCAAGUCUAUAGUGGACAGGCUCCUACUCUUAUCAGUGGUUGGUGGGUUGAGUCCCAGGUUCUUCAGAAGAUCUUCCAGCUCCUGAAAAGUUUACGCUCGAUGAGUGGUGUCUUGAGGUGUGAUCAGAACUGUUCGGGGAAGGCCCCAUCGAUAUGGCAUUUCUUUUGCAUGUAGCAAUUGAAUCAAUGGUAGCAGGGAUCGGCACCACAAGAGGGUAUUUCUCGUGAGAUCCAGGAAGAGGAGAAGUGUGGCACCUUCAAAAGUGAGUGGGGUCUUCCCUCUCACAGCUGCUUGAAGGAGGGCUUUGUCUUGCAGAGACCUAAAGUGGAGGAGCAGGCCUUAGAGUAGCGGAAUGAUGUGCCCCAGGCGGUUUGGGGCUACGGACCAUGCCGUCUAGUUUCAUGGCCUUUUCGCGUUUCGGUGGUAAGUAGGCCUGAUGAAGUGAGGGAGGUCUGGCAGUCCCACCAGCACUCUCCUAAGCUUCAGUUUAUACCUGCUUCGCUGAUCUUCCAGGGCAUUGAUCCUGCUUUCAGCCCUUUGUUGGUGCUGGUGCAGGUCAGCCAGGCCGUUCUUCAUUGCUGCAAGCCAGCUUUCAUGAGUGGCAUGGGUAGCCUCAAGUUGUUCCACUUUAAAUGUCGUGUUUUCAAUGGCUUUCUUGAAGGGGGACAGGUCGCAAUGUUUUCGCGGAGUUCAGCCAGCAUCGCCCUCAGUUGGGCCGCUGUAACUGGGUCACGGUCAGUCUCUGCCAGAUGAGGAUUUCUCCUUUUCCUGGUGUGCGAGGCGCCCUCUAAGGGGACAUAAACCAUGUCUUCCGAGGAGUAGGAAGAGUCUUUGUCCACAAGCGCCAUAUUGUCCCAUGUGGCCCUCUGUGAAUUCCUGAAUAUGUUGCUGAUAUGCAGGCUCUUGUCAGGCUUGGUUCUUUUUUUAUUUUUACGGCCCAUGGUGUAGCCUCCAGCCAAGGGAUCGUCUCCAGUAGGAUUAGGAAAUUGCCUUCUCUCCAAAUUCAUCUUUUUUGGGCGUUAUACAGAGCUCAUGGAACAUGCCACCGUCCAGGUUCCCAGUUAAGCUCUGCCCCCUAAUGUUCAGUUAUAUUGUAUGAAAUGAGGUAGAACAGCGGGAUAGGUGUAGCGUCCUCAGUUUUCUUACAAGCUUAUGCAAUAACUAAAACUACAGGGACUGACCGUGUAGUAAGUAUUUUUGUGUUGAAAAAAUAAAAGAUAAGUUAUACUUUUCUGGAGCUGUAAUUCAGGUCUGACUUUAGCUCCUGAGCGGUAUAAUCCCCGCCUAUAGAUAUAGUGCAGCUCCUAUAUUGCUAGUAGUUAGUCCUUGUGAGGUAUGGUAGAAUGUCUCAUCAACAUAAGGGUAGAACAGGAUAAAGUAAUAUAGUGUGGUAUUUACAACUUAAAAAUUCCAACAGUAAGGUAGGUAUACACUUACAAUUACUGAAGCCUAGCAGUGACUCCUGAGGUAUUGCGUGAAAUGGUGUGAUUCCCAUUCUUGGAUAUGUGGGUGGUGCAGGUCCUUUGCAUAUAAAUAUAAAACUAGAGAAUAAAACAAUAUAGUGCACACAAUUUAGUGAGGGUAUAAAAAUAAUUAAAGCGGCACGGUCAUGCCGAACUUACCUUUCCCCAAUCGAUUCCUCUUCUCUCCCUCUCUCAGGAUCAGUUCUUCAUUUCUUCCUGUCUGCUCUAGUUUUCUUUAAAACAUAAGACAAAGUAGGGACUACUUGUCUUACGGAGGUUUCCUACGCCUGACCAUCUCUGACCAGCGGAGGAACAAAGUGUCCGGUGGUCCGUCUUCAUUUCUGGUGGUCAGAGAAAUUUUCCCACAAUUCUUAACUUUCCUCCCUGUUCCCGCGAUGCAUCCUGUCAGUAUUGCCGAACGUCCUGUCAUUUGGACAGGACGCCGGCAAAAAUGCCGAAUUGUGUCUUACAGAAUGAGAACAGUUUCUCCAUUCAUGUUAGGACGCAAUUCGGGACUUUGUUCGUAUCGGAAUUUCAUUCAUAUGAAUGAAACUCCGAUCCUAUUCGUGCCGUGGCUACAUCUUGCAGCCACUUGGUAGAUAACUCCAUAAUUCCCACGGUAAAAACCUAAAUUGGUCUUUCAGCCAAAUUUACUAAUACUAUGUAAAGAUUACUUAGUAUUAGUAAAUUCUGACUCUACUCGCUAUACACCUGAGCGGUGGGUUGAGGCCAUAAAAGAUAAUGAGGGGGAAACCUAUUGUCCUCCCCCCUGGCCCCCACCCCUCAAUGGUGGGUGGAGGCCAUAAAUAACAAUGGGGGGGGGGGGUAAUAUUGACUCCCAUAGAGUGAGGGAGGACAUGGGGGGGCUUAGGAAGUGGCGGGCAGCACUGCUCCCGACGCUUCGUUCUUUACAUUUUACAAGGAGGGAGCUGCGCGCCGGUCGCUCCCUCUUUGUAUCAAACGGAACGAACAAACGAACACCGAUAUUCAGUGUUUGUUUGUUCGUCUGACAUUUCUAUUCAUUCAUUUGUCUUUCUGACGAAUGAAUGGAUGAAAUUCCCAUUCGCAUGCCCAAGUGUUUAACUGGGCAUGUGCGGGAAUUUCACAGCGCUAUCUAGUGUGGGCAGAUGACGUGUCCCACAGGGACUUCAUCUACCCACACAAAGAUGGCGGCGCCCAGAACAUAGGUCCGGGCACAAAAUAAAGAUCAAAAAAUAGGUAAUAUGGGGGCUUUGGGGCAUUUGGGGGUGACUAGGGAAUCAGAUGUAGUGGAGUCGGGAGAGGGUUAAAAAAAAAAAAAAACGGCAUUUGACCACGACAGUUCCGCUUUAAAAGCUUACAUGGAAACAGGUAAAUACAGUUUGCUCAAUCCUAGGUGUAUAGGUCUAUCAACACCAAGGAUAUUAAGUAUUGGGAGGCAAGCAGCAGUACAGGAAGACCUAGGAUAAAAAAAAUGUGCUUUAUUAAUAAAAAUAUAGUAAAAAUGUAAAACUAAAAUCUUAUCUUCUCUCCUAAAGCCUACCACAUUUUCCUAUUUAAAACCAUGCUGUCACUAAUGGAGUUUCUUCAUUUUUAAAAAAAUUUUUUUUUUUGACAUUGUGACAUGUUCCCUUGUAUGUUAGCACUCUUGGGGUGGUUACAGAGAUAUAAUGGCAGAGUAAUAUACAAGUCUACAGAUGGUCUUGGAAAACCACAGUUAAAAUGUCAUAUGUGUUUAUUGCUGGUUGUGUGCAAACAUGCACAUCCGCAUUGCCUGUUGGUAAAUGGCAUUGCCACAUAUUACACAAAAAGGCAAAAGCGGCCAAACCUUUUUGGGUACGCUUUGUAUAUUUUUCAAAGAUCCAUAAAGUGACAUCCCUGCUUGAUAUGCGGAGGCUUAGCAGAGGGUAGAUAUACUUAUUUAAGCUUAACCAAUUUACCAUGUAUGACCUUGAUGAGCAAGUCAUUGAUAUUUGACUUUGUUUUAGGCCUCUCUUUUUAAUCCAAUGCAGUUGGUAUGUAAUAGUAGCAGUCAUGUGAUAUCAGAAUCAUGAUAGAUGUACUGAUUUCAAAAAAGCACAUUUAAGCCUUGUGUAUGUAGUUAUGUCCUCUAUUUAUUAAAAAACCUCUUCUCUUGUUGUUUUUUCUUCAAGAUUAUGAUUAGAAGUAUAUUUUUAUUUUUGGAUCGAACGUACGUCUUGCAAAAUUCAAUGCUGCCAUCAAUUUGGUGAGUAAAGGUUGAUUGCAAUAAAGUGGCUUUUUUUUAAAGUGCUUUAUUUUUUCACCACUCCAUUUAAAAUAUGUGCAUGUGUAAGAUUAAACUAAACAGAGACAUUAUGGUAAAAAAAUAAACCCCUCUUGCUUAUCUUCUAAUGAACAGUGUAUGUCAUGGUACAUUUAUAAUCUGUGUAGCUGGUUUGAUUUAUGCUUAGCUGGUUUAAAUGAUGCUUAAUUUACCUUUUUGUCCAUAAUAGGGAUACUAUAGGUAUCAAGACAACUUUGUUAAUGGUGCAGUUUUGGUUUAUAGUUCAUGACCCUAUGGUCUCCCUGCUCAGUUGUAUGCCAUUUAGGAGUUAAAUUACUUAGGUUUCUGUCCAUACAGCCCAUGGGCGGAAAUACCGCUGUAGCAGCUGCACCGAGGUCUGCAGGUGUUGUGGGCCCAUACACUUAGGACAAACCCAAAAGGCAGGCAGGUCUCAUCCCGGGCUCAGUUGCUUGCUGCAGCAGUUUGGCAGCACGACUGGUCCCCUGUAAUAUCUGCAGUCUGUGCUGGGAGGAAGCGAUUACCUGUCACUUCCUCCCAGCUUGCAGUCUGUGUGAGCUGGGAGGAUGGAGGAGGGAGAGCAUUUCAGAGAGUCUGGACAGCCUCAGACUCCCUCUGAAUCAGCCACCCUGCACUAAAAAGGUAUGGAAGCAGAGGGGUGGUUAACAAUAGGUAAAUUUCAACAUGUGUAUGUAUAUGUUUGUAUCUGUGUGUGUCUCUGUUUGGGAAUAUGUUUGUGUGUCUCUUUGUAGGUAAAUGUUUGUAUCUGUGUGUUUUGAUGCAUGUCCCAGAAUUCAAACACAAUUCUACAUACAAACACACGCUGGCAUUUAAGCGCAUUACACGCAAAAACACCACUACUUUCAAGGGGCAACAAUACAUUCAAACCCAUAAUUGCAUUUAAAUGCCAAAACAACAAAUAGACCUAGAAGUUCACACACACACAUACUUCAUACAUAAACAUGCUUACAUUCAAACACACAAAAACUGCUCACAAAUGAAAUCCCUGCAAGAGUGGGCAAAUGGUAGAUUCCAAGCUAAAAAUGCAUCGUGGAAGAUGUACAACAGAUGUCUUUUGACCGCCCUUGUUCUGGAAGGGCCCCAAAAACAUUUAUUGCGUCAGGGACUUCUCUACAUUUGCUGCAGCUCUAGCCACACCUCCCCUUUCUGUGACUCUCACAGCCUGCAUGAAAAAAUUUUUUUUUUAAUUUUCAAUGGGAUGUUAAUUUACUGUAGACGUAGACUGUAGCCUUUAUCUCCUGCUCUGUAAAUUGAGCCUCAAUCACACACAGGCUGCUCCUUGCAAGGUCUUGAGGGCUAUUAACCGAGCAAGAGAUCAAUUUCUAUAUUAAAUAAACUGUGAUUUACUGGAACCUAGAAAAUCAAGGUUCUUUUUCAGUUUGUGUUUAGGAAAGCUGUACAAUUUACAUGCAGAGAAGUGUGACUAGGGAUGUAUAACAGCGUCUGACAAAUCCCAGGUUGAGAUUUGUGAGCCUCUUCAGUGACCGGCUGCCUGAGAACAGAGGCGGGCAGUCGGAUCACGGAGGGCUGAGGCAGGCAGCUGAAUGAGGGAGAGGGGUGGCUGGCUCAUUGAGAUCUAAGGUAGGGAGGUGGACGGCUUGCUGGAUAAUGGAGAGCUGAGGUGCCGCGGCGAGGAAAGGAUCUGUAAUCUCCCUGCUUUGCCCUCUUGCGCAUCUUGUAGUGAUGCCAGGAGCCGGGUUGUGGCGUCACUCAGGUCCCCAGCUCACUAAACAGUGCAUGAGAGGGAACUAAGUAGGGAGAUGACAGCAACCACACUGGGCCGUAGGGAAUGCCUAUCCACUCCAGCUCUCCGAUAGGUAAGGAGACUGGAUGGAUUAAAUUAAAAUGAAGAGUAGUUAUUUGUGAGAGUGUGUCUGUCUGUGUCUGUGAGUGAAUGAGUGUGUCUGUCUGUGAGUGAAUGAGUGUGUCUGAGUGUGUAUGUCUAUGUGUCGGUCAGUGAGUGUGUGUUCCCUCCAAUCACACGGGAAAGGUGUUUUUACUCACCAUUUUCCCCAUGCUGUGCUGGUGACGCCACAGCUGGCCCCACCUCCAUGGCUGAGAUCCUCAAUCUUGACGAUCUCAGCCAAUCCAUGCUCCACCCACAGGAAAGCACUGAGAUACUAUUGCGCAUGCACGGCAAAAUGCCACUGCGCCAAUUUAACUUCUCUUAGAGAUGCAUUGCAUUAAUGCAUCCCAAUAGGGAACAAUAACGUAGGUGCUGCACAGUGUGAAGCACUGAACCAGGGCGCACCUCUAGAGGCCGUCUCGGUGACUGUCGCUAGAGGUGUGACCAGGAAGUAAUGUAAACACUGCCUUUUUUCUGAAAACUCUGUUUACAUUGAAAAGCGUUCAAGGACAGCAUAUAGACUUCAGAACAACUACAUUAGGCUGUAGUGGUUCUGGUGACUACAGUGUCCUUUUUAAGAAUUGUAUUUUUGGCAUUGAUUUCUCUGACUCCUAACUUUUUUAGCUGGCUCCUAGAUUCGAAACAAAUUUGUCAAGCCAUGAUGUAUAAACAAAGUGAAGUAACUCCUAACUGGCAGAGAAUUGAGCAGUAAGAUUGCAGGGGCACUGCUUCAAUUAGCUUAACUUCUUUUUAUGCCUAUAGUAUCCAUAUAAUGAUUAGAAUUGCCAGCUUACCUUUCCUACCACCAUUAACUUUGCUAACUAUAUUAGUCUUUUACUGGUUAUUUUGCAAUAUUAGUCCUUCUUUGGACUUUUCUUUAUAUAUCCCAGAAGCUGUUAGACAGAGACCGAGCACUGUUAAGCAGAGUGUUCCCCCUGGCACAGAAUAGCAACUAGGAUAUUACGUUGUAUUCUUUUGAUAUUAGCGACAGAGUAUACUUUAUGUAUUACAAGACACAUAUUACCCAUACUUUUGCCACUCCGCUCUGGCUACCACUGGCAUAUAUGUAUACAUGUACAUAUAUUUUAGUUUGCUUUUCUAGCACUGUAUAUAUUGUUAAUAGAUCACUCUGUAUCAUUGUGCCUAAUAAUAAAUUUUUUUUCUUGUGUGGCCAUACUCUACUGCCACACAGUAGUAGGUUAGUGGUUAUACCAUAACCCUUUUACGAAUUGCUAUAUUAGAAGUUACGUUUUAUUAUUCAACCAUUUUUCUCCUCGAACGUUUAUUCACUAUUUGGUUGCAUGCCCUACCCCUUUAGCCCAGAGAUACUCCAAUUAUUCUCCCAUCCCUUUUCUGUUUUUUGAUAAACCUUAAUGAUACAAAAAAAGUGACUUUUAACCUUGUGCAUCAUGUGAAUACAUUAUAAAUCUCCCACAAUUGACAGAGAAGUAACACAUCUUAUUUAAUUCCUGAAGAAACCUGAAUUAUUUAAUCACAUGAAUUCAGGACUCAAAAAAAAUGUGCAUUUCUACAAUUUAUCCAUAAGUCUUUCUGGGUAUAAUUGGUGAAUUGGAUAAUACUUGCAUUUAAUGGAGUGUCUUUAGCUAUGAUGGAAGAAAGUUGCCUAUCAGAAUCCAUGUUGGAUACCGGGAAAUUUGAACCAUUUAUAGGUGAACAAAAAUAAUGAUGUUCUUAGACUAAUUCAUAGAUCGUAGUUUGCAAAAUAAAAUUACCACACUGAGUUAAAUAAAAAACAAACCAAGUAAACAUAAUUGCUAUGGUACUUUGGCGAGAUCAUUGCAGUUGAGUAACAAAAACAUCCAUGCAGCCAUUUAACUUAAAACGAAUGCAUAUAAUAUGUUCCAAACAAAAUUAAAGGAAAUGGUAUGUGCGAUGGUGCCUAGUAAGCUGGUCGUCAACAUCCUUAUGGGCGAUUUUAAUUACUCUGCGUUUGUCAAAGUACUUUUGUAUUUUGUACAGUGUUGUAUUAAAUGGACACUCCACUGCUUAGUAGAUAUUCACUUAAUAAAAAAGAUGUAUGCAUUUUUAUUCAUUUGGGCGUACAUCUGUAAGCCACUUUCAACAGCUGCAUAUCCCAAUCACAGACUUCCCAAUGCAGCUCUCUGAGAACUCAUUGCAAGGCAGGUGCUUGAGCUUGCUGCGCAAGUUAUGGUCUCUUGACUUUAGCUCCGCUAAGCUAAACAACCAGUAAGUUACAGAAGCUGCUGCCUGAUUGACAGCCAUGGGAUAUAACAAGGUUAAUGUGCAAAAGUGCCAAUUUCUUCUAAAACCUGCACUUUUUGGUUUGUAAAAUGAAAAAUAGAGAACAUAUAUUCAUAUAUUCUUCACAAAUAAGGCAUGCACUGUACUUUCUGUAAUUACCCCCAUUGUAGUGCUGUUGUACUGGCAAUAAAGCAGGGAAGACAGCGUCAUGGAUGAGGCUUGCCAUACAUGUAGAAGUGUUCCCAAACAUGGCCAGUCAUAUUAACCCCCUUAAGGACACAUGACAUGUGUGACAUGUCAUGAUUCCCUUUUAUUCCAGAAGUUUGGUCCUUAAGGGGUUAAAGAGGUGCAAGAGUAAGGUGUGUCAAAGGAGUGGGAGUUGCAUAUGUGUAACACUCACAAACAUCAGACCAUGGCUUUUCUCAAAUCUGCUAUACAAAUAAAUGCGGUUUUUGUAUUUAUUUUUAAUUUUUUGCUACAGUCCUUUCACUGAGUUAAAAGAAAAUGUAAUUUUUUUGUAAAAUUUUGUUUUGUAGGGAUAUGGGUCUAGAACUGUUCAGAAACCAUAUAAUCAGCGAUCAAAAAGUUCAGACCAAGACCAUUGAUGGAAUUCUUCUAUUGAUUGAGAGGGAAAGAAAUGGAGAAGCAAUUGAUAGAAGUUUGUUACGAAGUCUCCUUAGUAUGCUAUCUGAUUUGCAAGUAAGUUUGACCUACUUUUUCUUAACUAUUUUAAUGUGUAUUGAGUUAGAAAUGUAUCCUGAAUCUGGUUCAACACUCUAUAAACUGUAUUGUUUCCAAUCUAGAAAAUCUUAUGUUAUAUAAAUUCACAAUUUUAAAAAAUUUUUUUUUUUUUUAUUUCUUCAAGGUAGUGUUUGCCCUACUGGUAUUUGUUUUUUGUUUGUUUUUUCCAAGUUGUUUUGACUAAUAAAUCUCCACUAACCCUCUUGCCAUUACUAAGAGGAAAUUGAACAGUAUUGACUCCUCAAUGGAACCUUGAUCGUGUUUUCCCUCAUAAGGAAGUGGCAGCUCUAUAUAGUAAUGGCUCAAUAAAAUUUUCAUUAAGUCUGAAGAUGGCUAAGCUUUCAGCACAUGGAAGCAAUUGCUGCUUGUUCCAAAAUAAAGGCUUGUCCCCACUGCUGUGUAGGGACCAUCAGAGGUUUUAUCCAAUUAUGAUACGGAUGUUUACCAGUAGUGCUCUGGCAUCACUCUGGAUAUCACUCCUCCUACCUUCCUCUGAUCAGUACAUUUUAAAGAUAAAUUCUAGAAUUGGAAGUCGUUCUUUCCCUUUUAAUGUUUUAUAUAGUUAAUAAAUACCUCUUCCUAUUGAUUGUGUGUUUAGCCAAAUAGAUCACUAGGCACCCGAAGUCCUUUAAUCCUGUGGUGCAAGGUACUGGUUAAAAUACAUCUUCAUUAGACACUUCCUUUUUAUAGUGCAACUUAUCGUAUAAAUGCAGAUUUAAAUCUUAACGACAUUGAGACAGAAUAUAGAGGGAGAGCUUUAUUUUGCUUUCCUGUGCAGCUAUGCUCUUUUUCACUGCAAUUUGCUUAACGUGUGGAUGUUUGUUUUUUCCCUCAGAUUUAUCAGGAUUCAUUUGAGCACAGGUUCCUAGAAGAGACAAAUCGCCUGUAUGCAGCUGAAGGCCAGAGACUAAUGCAAGAAAGAGAGGUGUGUAAAUCCAUCCUCCUUUCAGUUUCAGUGUCACACUUUUUUUGUAAAUUGUGGAGUCCUUUUUAAUACUGCAUCAGAAUUUUAGAUGUAGUAAAGAUGCACAGACUUUCAUACCCUAUGCCCAGCAACACUUCCCAAACAUUGGUAAAAUUUCUUUACCGUUGGAGCCAAGGUAAGUUUUGACUUUAGUUUUUUAAUUCGGGGAGGCAGACAAGCACAGUAAGCGUUACUCUAACCAAAAAUCAUGUUAUAUGAAAACAUAAUUUAUUUUGUUGUUUGAGUAAAUCUUAACCCCUUAAAGGACCACUCUAGGGUUAACCCAUUUUUUUUUUUUUUUUUUUUAUAAACAUAGCAGUUUCAGAGAAACAGCAAUGUUUAUAAAUAGGUUAAUCCAGCCUCCAGUGGCUGUCUCUUGACAGCCGCUAGAGGCGCUUGCGUGCUUCUCACUGUGAAAAUCACAGUGAGAAGAUGCAAGCGUCCAUAGGAAAGCAUUAUGAAUGCUUUCCUAUGAGACUGGCUGAAUGCGCGUGCAGCUCCUGCCGCGCAUGCGCAUUCAGCCGAAGAGGCGGAGAGGAGGAGGAGAGCUCCCCGCCUGACACUGGAGAAAGGUAAGAUUUUAACCCCUUCCUCUCCCCAGAGCCCGGCGGGUGGGGGCACCCUCAGGGCACUAUAGUGCCAGGAAAAAGAGUGUGUUUUCCUGGCUCUAUAGUGGUCCUUUAAGGACCUAACUUCUGGAAUAAAAGGGAAUCAUGACAUGUUACACAUGUCAUGUGUCCUUAAGGGGUUAAAAGCGAAUCUAUAGCCAGCAGUGCUGGAUAUGCCAAUUAUAAAACAAGUAAAAAUGUGAAUAAAUAUAUAAUGCAUACAUACAUGCAUCAUCCAAAAAAAUACCUGCACUCUAGGAUUUCCAAUACAUCUUCUUUUAUUUAGAGUAUCCAAAAUAGUUACUAUUCCAGUUCCCAGUUGGAACUUUGCUCACAACAUGAUGUUGUCCUGAGGAAAGUUCCAAUUGGGAACGGAAACAUUAACUACUAUAGUCACCAGAACAACUACAGCUUAAUGUAUUUGUUCUGCUGAGUAGAAUCAUUGCCUUCAUACUUUUUGCAGUAAACAAGGUCUUUUCAGAGAAAAUGCAGUGUUUACAUUACAGCCUAGGUUUACCUCCACUGGUCACUCUUUGGAUGGCUACUAGAGGUGCUUCCCGGGGGCAGUGCUGCACACUAUAAAGGGAGAUGCUGAUUGACCAGGGCUGUGUUUGGCUUGUGCUGGCUCUGCCCCUGAUCUGCCUCCUUGAUGGUCUCAGCCAAUCCUAUGGGAAAGCAUUGUGAUUGGCUCAGAGAGUCACUUCUGAAGAUAUCAGCCAAGCAGGCAGGGACAGAGGCAGCAGCUGCAGACUUGAAUACAAGUAAGAUUUUACUAUAUUUAGGCAGGCAAGAUGAGACCAGGGGGGCUAGAUGGUGGUUUUAACGCUAUAGGGUGAUGCAUGCCCCUUUAACAAUUUCUAGUUUGGUAACACACUAUGUAAUCAUAUGCAGAUAAUUUCCGAAUGUAAAGGUUGUUCUUGCUUCCAUGUGAUACAGGUCCCAGAAUAUCUUCAUCAUGUGAACAAGCGUUUAGAAGAGGAAGCAGAUAGAGUCAUCACAUAUUUAGAUCAAAGCACACAGUAAGUUUUCUGUUUGGGGGUUUAAUAUACAUUUUAGGAAUUGCUUGUAAAGUUAAACGGGGACCAAGAUUGUCUUUAAGUAUAAACUGCAGAAAAAUGAAGCAACCAUCCCAGAGAUUAAAUUGAUCAAGCUUCACUUAAUAUAUUUUAUAUAUUCCAGAAACCAUUAGCAAUUGAUUGUUGAUAUCUAUAGAGGUAUGUGUCUCUCAAGAAGAACAUAUUUUGUUACUGGUGCAGAAAACAGACAAUAAAAGAUGGUUUAGAGAUGUGCCCCAAAUAUUAAGUGCUUGAAUUUAAACCCUGGCAGGGUUACAUUGUAAGGUUACGACAGCAACAUAAUUAUGGAGAAAAUAACACCCAAUUCAUUUUAAAACAACAUAUAUUUAUUUAAAAUUUGUGACUGGGAUUGUACAGCAAGGGAAAUAUUAUGUUGACUCUGAAGUGUCUGUGAGGCACAAAACUUGGCAAAAGCGAUUCUAGUUAUUGGAAAGCUGCAAUACAGUUUCAGAACCUGAAUUCCAAGUAUACUUUAUUAUUAAGAAAACUACAAAAUAAUUUCAGCCAGCCUCACUAAUGAAACUGUGAGCUGCUCUACAGUAUGGGGGAGAAAAAACAGACUCUGCAAAUAUUAAACUUUUGAAAGUUUGGUUCUUUCAUGUUAUAUUCAUAUCUUAAUUUUUGUAACUUUGAUUACACGUAGUAUUUCUGCUUGCUAGAUCUGACCGAACUCAAUUUUAUACAGAAGGAUGACUUUAUUUUUGUCUUGUUGUGUUAGGAAGCCAUUAAUUGCUACAGUAGAAAAGCAGCUACUGGGUGAACAUUUAACUGCAACUCUUCAAAAAGGUAAUUGCUGUUUGUUUUCAUCACAAUCCAUAGCAGUAUACAUCCUGGGUUGAAACCUUAUUUUUGGAUUAGAUGAAAAGAAUGCUUGCUAUUUUUUUUUAUUUUUUUUUAAUUAUUAUUAUGAUUAUUUUUUUGUGUGUGUUAUAGAUACCCUAUUUGAAUUAUGAUUAUUAUUUGAAUGGAAUAUAAAAAUGUAAUGCCUUAAAUCAAAACAAUGACAUUUUUAAUUUGGCAUAGUACUUUUGUUAUAUUGCCGUUAUUUCAAUGCUUCAUUAACCAGCUUUGAUAACAAUGUUUUGGUAUUUGCUCUAUCUAAUAAAAUUUAGAAAUAAAAUGGGUGUAAUUGUUUUGUUCAGAAUCAAAAUGUAUGAUAUGUGUUUGGUGUUCUGGCAGUAAAAGUGACUAUAUUUAUUUUUGAAUUGUGCUUCUUUUUGACACCUUUUGCUACAUCAACCUGAAAGUAACAAGAUCCUUAUUUCUUCUUGUUUCAAAAGGGUUAAAUCACCUUCUUGACGAAAAUCGAAUUCAGGACCUCUCAUUGUUAUACCAGUUGUUUAGUCGAGUCCGCGGGGGUGUGCAAGUUCUUCUUCAGCACUGGAUUGAAUACAUAAAGGUAUGUGUUAUUUGUUUGGGAUUGUGUUUUUUUUAUUUUUUAUUUUUUUUAUUUGAAAAUUAGGAAUUCAUAGUGAACAUGAUAUUAAUAGAAGAAGAAACUCAACCUCAUGUAUUACUAAAAUUAAAGGGACUCUAUAGGCACCCAGACCACUUCAUCUCAUUGAAGUGUGCAAAAGUACAAAAUGACAGUCUAUGGAAAAUCCAUGGAACCUUCAUUGAUCUUCUCACACUUGCCGUAUGCAUAUACUGAACAUAUCUUCUGUGUCAAUCAAUGCAAUGUUUCUUGUUUUUUUUCUUUCUUUCUGUAAAAGAUUAUAUUUGUAUGUUUAAAAGAAAUGCAAAAUGCAAUUUUUUGCAGUAAAAUAAAUAAAAUUUGGCUACAAUCACAGUCUUAUGAAUGGAUUAUUUCCUUUAUUGAAUGACUAUAAUUUCUAAAGAGGUGAGAUUGAUGUUUCAGUCCCUAACAGGGACUUUCAACAGGAUUGAAAAACAGCAAGAAUACUUCCACAAAUAUAUAACAGAGAAAUAAUUAGUGAAUAGACUUACCCAAGGUGCGGUGCGAGUGAACCGGUUCAUUUGUGGAAGUAUUCUUGCUGUUUUUUAAUCCCGAUGAAUGUCCCUGUUAGGGACAAAAACGUCAAUCUCACCUCUUUGGAAAUUAUGACCAUUUAAUAAAGGAAAUUAUCCAUUCAUAAGACUGUGAGUGCAGCCAAAUUUAAUUUCUUCAUAUAUAAUAUAUAUUUAUCUACAUUGAUUAUUGCAUUAGUGUAUCUAGCCAUAAAUAAUUUGUUAGGUGAUGACAUAAUUCUGCUCUUUUUAUGCCACAAUAAACCACUCCUUGCCAGAUUUGAAAUUCCGGUGUUGUACUCUAUUUGUUGCCUUUUUGUGCCAUGUGUCGAAUUUUCAAACAGAAGUGUUAUUCCAGUGGAUUCACCUGCAAUUCUGAUUAUUUUACAGGCUUUUGGCAGCACUAUUGUGAUUAAUCCUGAAAAAGACAAAACAAUGGUUCAAGAGCUACUAGAUUUUAAAGACAAAGUUGACCAUGUGAUUGAUGUCUGCUUUAUAAAGAAUGAGAAGUUUGUUAAUGCCAUGAAAGAAGCAUUUGAAACAUUCAUCAAUAAGAGACCAAACAAACCAGCUGAACUCAUAGGUAAAUUAGAACUAAUAUAUAAAUGAACUUUCUGUUGCAACCAUGUUUAACAAAUUAGAUUUUUGCUUGGAAGUCUCACGUUCUAUACCUGCCAUGCAUUUUAAUUUGAAUCGAAACCACAGAACUUGUUCGCUAAACGGUAACUUUUAUUUGGGGGAGGGGGGUGGUUGUUAGGUGUCAAGUUCCUCGUCCAGCAAUUGGUAAAAAAAAAAAAAAAACCUUCACUAUACAGGAUUGUCUUCCAUUUUGUAUAAAUGGUGUCAGUCCCAUGCUGAAAUAUUACAAAAUAAAUUAAAACUAUAAAUUUAAAAUACCUGCCUUGAACUUCAUAGUCUUUGUGGAUAGCUGCAGCACAUGCAUUUACAUUUUUAAAAUGCCUUUAAUUGACACAAUGAAAUUAUGAUGUUUCUAUUUGUGUGUGUGUGCGCUAUAUGCAUGCAUACUCAAAGUUUACAAUUAGUUUUUACUUUUUAAUAUAUACAUUUUAUAUUUUUUUAUAGCAAAAUAUGUGGAUUCAAAACUUCGGACGGGAAACAAAGAAGCAACAGAUGAAGAGCUUGAGAAGAUGCUGGAUAAAAUUAUGAUAAUCUUUAGGUUCAUUUAUGGUAUGUGAUGAAAACAAUACAAACUUAGCUGUUCUGAUAUGUGCCCUGUUCCAUAAUGUAUACUAACAUUAGUUUACUAAGUGAAAACUUUUAAGAGAGAUAAAUAUUUUUCUGUUACUCAUGUCCUCAAUUGACUCAAUAAAAUUGCAUAUACAUUGAGCCUUAUUGAGCACUCUGAAACUGUAUUUGGUCAACUUUUAUUUUGUAAUUUGUACAGGCAAAGAUGUAUUUGAGGCUUUCUACAAAAAAGACUUGGCAAAGCGACUGUUGGUUGGAAAAAGUGCUUCCGUCGAUGCUGAAAAAUCUAUGCUUUCCAAACUCAAGCAUGGUAUGUAUGAGUUUUUAUUUGUGGUAUAAUGUGUUUCCUAUUUAGUUUUUACAUUACAUUGCAUGUUAAUGGUCAAGUAAUUGGUGAUAAAACUUUCAGUCUAGGCACUAUGGCAUAUUUGUACCUUGAUGAAUGAACGUCAAGUCAUGUAAUUUUAAUCCAGUGAAUCCGUUAUAAUAUGACAAACCUGAUUUUCUAACAUUUAUUUGUGCUAACGUUGGUUUAAAUAAAUAAAGCCCAACUCCUCAAAUAACGGUUAUCCACAAAAUGCAUUGUGUGGAUUAACACCUUCCCGACCGUUGACGGAAAAUUUCCGUCAUUUACUAAAGUUAACCUGCGAUCGCGGGGUUAACGGUGCUCCGGUCUGCCUCUGUAUUAGAGGCAGACUGGGAGCACCGGAUCGCACUGCCCCAGCACCGGUGCUCACUGAUCUUCUCACUAUGUAAAAAAAUGAAGAUAAAUCCCACCCCCCCCCCCUUUCCCCUGCUUUAAUAAAAUUGACUGACUACAGUGAUUAAUUGGCAGGGUAUACAUUUUAAUGUCAUCUGAUUUUUAAAACCCCUGAGGGUUAAUUAUUAUUAUUUUUUUGACCCUCAAGGGUUACAUUUAUUUUAUUAAUUAAUUAAUUUAAAUAUUUAAAAAUUAUAUAUUUAGCUAACUGGGAUGGGGGGGAAUUUGGUGGUAGGCUAACUAGGGGUUAACGUUAAAAGUUUUAAAAUAAGCUUUAAAAAGGUAAAAAAAGUUUAAAAAAAAAUGUUUUAGUAACGUUUAAGUAAAAAAAAAAAAAACCCCACCCCCCUUUACCUAGUCUUUACCUAGUCUAAAUAAAACUAACCCCUUCCCUGCCAGUUGAUCACUGCCUACAUUAUACUGUAAUCUAAUUUCUUUUAACCCUUGAGGAUUAACUUUAUUUUUUAACCCUCAGGGGUUCAAUUUAUUUAAUUAAUUUAAAUAUUUUAUAAUUAUAUAUAUUUUUCUAGCUGAAGUGGGUGGGAGUUAUGGGAAAGGGGGGAAUUUACUGUUAGUGCUGCUUACUGCUAGUUAGGGGUUAACGGUAAAAGAAAAGUUUAGAAAAAUUUUUUAAAGUGUAAAUAAAGUUAAAGUGUAAAACAUUUAAUAAGUAAAAAAAAAAAAAAAGUUUCAAAACGGAUUUUACAAAGUAAAAAGUUUUACAAAGUAAAAAAAAUACAUUAAAAUGCUCAUUACCACUACACUUGGUACAAGCUAGCGGAAAAAUGAUCCCACGCUAAGGUUCAAAAUAGGCCUUUUGAAUUACCCUGAGAUGUCUUCUUUAAGAAAUGGUAUGCCUUUAUGGUGUAAUUGGAUUAUAUAGCCUUGUAAAAUAUUCUAAAAUGGUCAUGGACAUAGCGUAAAAAUGCAAAAUUUGAGAAAAACGGGAAUGGCUGUGUCUCAAAUGUGCCCCUUCAAUGUCUACAUAUACCUGGCAAAGGUACAUACGGGGGUAUUGCUGUACUCAGCCGACAUAGCUGAGCAACAUAUGAAGUAUUAUACAGUCGUAGCACACAUAAGGUUUGCAAAAUAUACUGCGCAAACUCACUUUGUGUGUCAAAAAGGCAGAAAAAAUGCUUAUUGCCACUACAAUUGUUACAAGCUAGCGGAAAAAUGAUCCCACGCUAAGGUUCAAAAUAUGCCUUUUGAAUUGCCUUGGGAUGUCUUCUUUAAGAAAUGGUAUGCCUUUAUGGGGUAAUUUGGAUUAUAUAGCCUUGUAAAAUACUCUAAAGUGGGACAUGGACACAGCGUAAAAAUUCAAAGUUUGAAAAACAAACAAACUGGAAUGGCUGUGUCUCAAAUGUGCCCCUUCAAUGUCCACAUAUACCUGGCAAAGGUACAUAUGGGGGUAUUGCUGUACUCAGCCGACAUAGCUGAGCAACAUAUGAAGUAGUAUACAGUCGUAGUACACAUAAGGUUUGCAAAAUAUACUGCGCAAACUCACUUUGUGUGUCAAAAAGGCAGAAAAAAUGCUUAUUACCACUACACUUGGUACAAGCUAGCGGAAAAAUUAUCCCACGCUAAGGUUCAAAAUAUGCCUUUUGAAAUACCCUGGGAUGUGUUCUUUAAGAAAUGGUAUGCCUUUAUGGUGUAGUUGUAAUAUGUAGCCUGCUCAAGUGCUCCAAAGUGGGACACGGACGCAUCAAAACCCUCCAUGAAAAUUCACACUUAAAAACCUUAACUUGUCACGUCUCUUUUACAGCAGUGUAACUUCACAAAAUAGUGUCUAGGUCAUACAUUGGGCAUAUUGUUUUACUCAGAAGACUUAGCUGAGCAUAAUUUGGGGGGUUUGAACUUAGUGGCACAUAUGAAAUGUACAAAAUGCCCAGCAAAAAUGUAAUCCGUAUGUAAAAAAUGCCCAAAAUAAUUUUUUACCACAUACUUUGGCAUAUAUUGGUGAAAAAAUGGGGGCAUGUUAAGGCACAAUAUGCACCAUAUGAGAUACCCUGGAGUGUCUACUUUUACAAAUGGUAGGCCUUUGUGGGGUUUUUUGAACAGUCAAACUGCUAUAAUACCCCAAAUUGAAGCAUAGGCCCAUUAAAUCCGCCUCUCAAAAUUCUACUGUAAAUGUUGAAACGGACAGGUCUCCUAUAUGGCACUGUAGCUUCACGAAAUAGUGCCAAAGACAUACAAUGGGGGUAUCGUUGUACUCAGCAGAAGUAACUGAACACAAAAUAAAACUUUGUACAGGAAUAGCACACACCAACUUUACAAAAUACCCAUGAGAAGUUCUUUGUUAUAAGUUUGUGUGCCAAAAACCCCAAAAAACUAAAUUUUACUCCAAUAUUUAGCAGAGAUUGGCGGUGAAAUGGCUAUGUAGAAAGUGUCAAAACAACCUUAGGACAAUAGCCUGUGAUGUCUACUUUAUAUAAAUAUAUACUUUUGUGUGGCAAUUUUGUUUUCUUUUAUGGCUAUUAAGCUUACAAGACAAACAUACCAAAUUCUAAAAUCGCUCCACAUUAAAAGUUUAUUUUACUCCUUGUGCUUUGUGACCUGUAACUACCACAAAAAACUGAAAAUCCCAAACACAUUAUAUAUUCUGUAAAUCAGAACUAAAUGAAUUUAUUUUUAAUUACUUUCUUUAACCUGCACUAAUUAGGCACACAUUAUUAUUGCAAAAACUGUACAAAAAACACUUUUUUUUUUUUUGUGUGCAUUUUUCUGUAUUUUUUUUAAUAAAUAAGUGUGUGUGUGUGUAUAUAUGUAUGUAUGUAUGUAUAUGUGUGUGUAUGUAUAUAUAUAUAUAUAUAUAUUACAUCAAAUUAAAGCCCUUUCGGUGCAAUAAACGAGAGAGAUGCAAAUUGCAGUUGAAUGCAUACAGCAAGAAAAUGCAAAAAUUGCUUGUGUCAUUAAGCGUAAGACAAGCUUCUGAAGCUGUGUCCUUAAGGGGUUAAGUGAAGCGUACUUUGCUAUUACUGUGCACGUUUUAGUUUUGUUUGUAUGUUUUCUUCCGUUUACAUGUUUGAACUAACAGGGGGGUGUUGAACUUUAAGGAGCAAGUUCUACCAAAUGGCUCCUACUAGUGUACAAUUGGCUCUAUCGGGAAACUAUUUUCCCAUGUGUCUCACGAGUGUGGAGAUGUGCAAACUCAAGAAGAAAAAAAAAGGAACAUAUUCUUGUCAUGAUUGUUCCUCUUUGAGAUCUGUCAUCAAAUUUUAUUUGAUCCCGCGCAUGUGUUAUACAGAACUAGGUGCCUAACAAAAGCAUAAGGGGCUAUAUAUUUUUACAUGACACAUGCUUUUGACAGUUAUGUAUGCCAAUGUGGAGAUUACACAUGGUGAAAUGCUAUUAAAUUUUUUUCAAGAAACAUGCUUUAUUUUACCUGUCUCUAUUUGAAUAUUAGUUGUGCCAUUUAACUGAGACUCAAAAUGUGUUUUUCCAGAAUGUGGGGCUGCCUUUACCAGCAAGCUCGAGGGAAUGUUUAAAGACAUGGAACUAUCAAAGGACAUUAUGGUUCACUUUAAACAGGUACAUUUUUCAUUUGUGAAUUUCAUACAAAAUAUUGCUUUUCAUUAAGUAGUGCUAACUGCUGUAAUAGCGAAAGCAAACAUUUAUUUUCCGCAUUGCAUUGCAAAUUAGUGCACAAUGUAAAUUCUUAAAGGAACACUUUCGUGUUAGAAAUACAAAGAUGCAGGGGCAUAUCUAAAGCAUUUGGCACACACGGUGCAGAUCCUGUGUUUAGAAACCACCCCCUUCACCCCAACACACACACACACUUUAAAACGUAAAAAAUACCCACCAUUUUUUUUGAAUGUUCUUCCCCACUUCACAAAAACCCCUUCCAGCCCUCCUCUUACAAAACGCUGACCCAGCCUAGCUGCCCUUCGACAAAAACGCCGGCCCAGACUAGCCGCCCUUCGACAAAAACGCCGAUAGUGAUAGGAUAGCCUUAUGCCUAGUCCACGCAUGCUUAACUCCUUAAGGACCAAACUUCUGGAAUAAAAGGGAAUCAUGACAUGUCACACAUGUCAUGUUUCCUUAAGGGGUUAAACUCCUUCACUGUGUUAACCUCUUCCACUUCAGCUGGAAGGCUAUUCCAUUCAUCCACUACCCUCUCAUUAAAGUAAUACUUCCUGAUUUUAUUUUUAAACCUUUGCUCCUCUAAUAGAAGUCCUCUUGUUGUGGUAGUUUUUCUUCUUUUAAAUAGUCUCCUACUGUGUUGAUUCCCUUUAUGUAUUUAAAUGUUUCUAUCAUAUCCCCCGUCUAUUCUUUCCUCCAAGCUAUGCAUGUUAAGAUCCUUUAACCUUUCCUUAUAAGUUUUAUCAUGUAAUCCAUGAACCAGUUUAUUAGCUCUUCUCUGAACUCUUUCCAAUGUAUCAAUAUCCUUCUGGAAAUACGGUCUCCAGUACUGCGUACAAUACUCCAAGUGAGGUAUCACCAGUGUUCUGUACAGUGGCAUGUGCACUUCUUUCUACUGCUAAUACCUCUCCCUAUACAACCAGGCAUUCAGCUAGCAUUUCCUGCAGCUCUGACCAUUUUUCUAAUUUACCUAAAUCAUUUGCCAUUUGACUUAUCCCUCCUGGAACAUCAACCCUGUUACAUAUCUUUGUAUCAGCAGCAAAAAGACCUACCUUACCAUCAAGACCUUCUGCAAAAUCACUUCUAAAAAUAUUAAAGAGAAGAGGUCCAAGUACAGAUCCCUGAGGUACUCCACUGGUAACAAGACCAUGCUUGAAAUAUAUUCCAUUGACUUCAACCCUCUGUUGCCUGUCACUCCGCCACUGCCUAACCCAUUUAACAAUAUUGAAAUCCAAACUUAAAGAUUGCAGUUUAUUAUAUGUAAAUAAAAAUAAUUAGCAAGCAUUUGCUCACAAUUGAUGACGUCUGCUCCCUGCAGCCAAUCCGUCCUCAGGGCUCUAGUGCCAUGGUGCUGUCCGCACUAUGGAGGUGGACAGAUGGAGCACGGUGAUGCGGCGUUAUGCGCCGCCACCGGGCAUCUCCACUUUCUUCUUGCUCCUCAUCAUGGUCAAAUAGUCCCCCCGCCCCCAUUAGUUCGCCACUGCAAAGAUGUAUUCCUAACACUAACCUGUUCCUCUGCCUGCCUCCUCAUCACAUAAAAGCUGAAAGUCCACAUACUUGAUUUUGUAAUGACCAAACCUUCAACACUUUAUUCCAUACACACUUUAUUCCAUACACACCAUCAACAUAGUAAUUGAAUUCUUCCAAAUUGAAGUGUGUAAAGAGAUUACCAUUUCACAGCUAAAAUAAAAUAUUUUUUCUCAGUGUGCAUAUGAUCUUUGUACUCGAUGUGAACAGAUAAACGUGGAAUCUGUAGCGUGCAGAACAAAUAGUCUCCAGCAGCAUUAACACUUAAAUGCAAGCUUAGGAACAUCCCUUACUUAUUCUAUACAAAAAGAUGUGCAUUUAAUUAAAUGUUUCUUUUUCAGUAUAUGCAAAACCAGAAUGUCCCUGGCAACAUGGAGCUGACUGUAAAUAUUCUUACGAUGGGUUACUGGCCAACGUAUGUGCCUAUGGAAGUUCACCUACCAGCUGAAGUAAGUGUGUGUGUUUUAAUUAACACUCGCAGAAAAAGGUGUUUCUUUUCAGUUUUCAAAAUCAUGAAGACCCUAUUGAGCUAAGUCAUAAACUUGUUUAAUUGAGUGUGUAUAAUACACAACUCUGAUGAAAUCUCAAACUGUCUCUUUAAAAAUAAUUACCUUGUGUGCAUCAAGCGAGCAGGGCCAGAUUAAGAGCCCAGUGGGCCUGGUGCUGACAUUUAUAAUGGGCCUAAUUACAGAAUCUUAUCGACCAAAAACACUAAAACAGUCAUACCUCUCAAGCGUCAUGUAUCUGGUGGAGAUGGUGUUGGAGGGAAACUCAAAGGAUGCAACUAUAAGAAAACACAUACUCUAUGCUAAUCUCUCUCUAAUUUAUGCUUUCAUCUUUCAAGUAAAUCCAUACCCCCCUAACAGCAGUGUCCAGUGAAGCAGGAAGUCAAUAGGCGGGGUAAAAGGGUGGGCCACUGAGGUGAAUCACGUGACCAGAACAGUCAAAAGGGCAAACAUGCCCAAAAAGGGGGCAUGUCUGUCCAAAGAAUUGGAAGGCCAGUCUGGCAUCAGUGUCCCUAUGUAUCACAGUGUCAGUGUCCCCAUGUCGCCCAGUCCCCUAGUCUCCCAGUGUCUGUGUCCCCAUUUCCCCAAUGUCUCAGUGUGUCCUGUGUCACUGUGAGACAUGGGGACACAGUGAGAUCCAGUGACACGGAGACACUUGGGGGCACUUGUGAAUCCAGACAUGGAGACACUGGGAGAAAGGGGGACACAGACACUAGGGACACAUAGACAAACAGACACUGGGAGACAUGGGGACACUGAGAGACAUGGAACACUGAGACACUAGGAACACUGGCUGGGAGGCAUAGGGACACAGACACUUGGGACACUGGGAUACAUGGGGGCACUGGGACAUAGACAUGGGGACUCUGGGAGACAUGGGGGCACUAGGUACAAAGAGAGACAUGGGGACACUGAGACACUAUGAGACAUGGGGACACUGAGACACUAAGAGACAUGGGGGGACACUGAGACACUAAGAGACAUGGGGACACUGAGACACGAAGAGACAUGGGGACACUGAGACACUAGGGACACUGGCUGGGAGACCCGGGGACAUUGUGAGACAUGGAGACACUGUGUCUCCGUGACACUAGGUACACUGAGAGACAUGGGGACACUGGGAGACAUGGGGACACUGAGACACUAAGAGGCAUGGGGACACUGAGACACUAGGGACACUGGCUGGGAGACACAGAGACAUUGGGAGACAUGGAGACACUGUGUCCCUAGUGUCUCCGUGUCACAAUGUUUCCUAGUGUCCCCUAGUGUCUGUGUCCCCAUGUCUUCCUGCUGCUUUUCCACCCAUUCUUCACUUACCUGAGCUGUAGGCUGUCUCUGCAGGCUGGGAGCUGCUGUCUGGACACUCUGUGCUGUGUAGCUGCUCCUCCGCCGAUCAGUAAGUAGAGAGAGGCAGGGAGGGAUAUGCUGUAACUUCCUAUCGAUGCCUCUCUCCACACACAGUGACCCGUGCUGGUAUUGCAGGGUAAUCUCCGUUUAUACUGAGAAAAAUAUCUGCAUUUGUAUUGCCGGUAUUACUGCAAUACCGGCACGGCCAGCCUCAAAUAAAUACCAGUCAGGUUGCAAACCUAAGAGUAAUUUUUUUUUUAAAAUAGGCCUUGGCCUGGGCCUGGAGCUGCAGCUCCAUCAGCCCCUAUGUUAAUCCGGCCCAGCAAGCGAGAGAGGGAAAUAAUGGAUGAAAAAAUUGAAUUGAGGAUCAAGUAUAUUCAUCAACAAGCAUUUAAGUACUGCUUAAGUGAUCUUUGUGAAAAGUACAAAGGAUCUUUCUCACUGUUUCCAUCAAAUGUCUAUAAAUACAACCCAAUGAAUUGUUUGGUAAUCAGUAAGGCAGUUUUCAUGUUUGUAUAAUUUGCCUUUUGCCACAUAUGAUCAUAUGGUAAUGGUUUCGAUGUUGUAAAAUAGCUGUAUGCCUUUUUUUAUCCUUCAUAAUUUUAGAUGGUGAAACUCCAGGAAAUAUUUAAGACUUUUUAUUUGGGGAAGCACAGUGGAAGAAAGCUGCAGUGGCAAUCAACACUAGGACAAUGUGUUCUAAAAGCAGAGUUUAAUGAGGUAAGUUCCAAAGAAGGGGCAUACUAACAACUAGCUCUCAUACAGCUUUUCUCAUAUGUGAGCCCUGAAUCAAAAAAACAAUAAUGAGCACACUUAACCUAAAUUUUGUUCCUUUUGGUUUUCUUCAAAUUUUAAAUGGGUAUUAAAAUACAUAAGUAAAUGGGUCUUCUAGUAGACAUUUAAUGCAAGCUCCAAAAAAUUUCUGACUGGAUAUACAAAGUCAAUGCCAUAGUAUACUAUAGAUACUUGUCAUCAGCCUGGAGGAAAGAAAGCAGGAGCCUGCAAUUUUGUUGCUUUGAUUUUUUUAUAUGCUAAAUCCUUCUGCAUAUAUUAUCCCAUAUUUUUUUAAAAAAAUGUUAUGAUCUAAAUGGGGCUUUGUGUCAUCUAAGUUUGUGACAUGUGCCUCCUCUUCGAAAAACACCUUGUAGGUAAAAAAAAUAAUUUUCAUACCUGCAGCGCCGUACCUAUUUUUUCCCCCCUUUCUAUCAAGACUGGCAGCAACUCCUAUUACCCCCACCCUCCAUGUUAUUUUAUUAUCUAUUUCCGCUCAGCAGUGGGGGUUCACAGACUGCACUGGGCUAACUGCCUGUCAUUUUGAUGGAAUACACAUGCAGGCUGCAAUGCAGGAACAGAAGCUUGUUUAAAAGCUCUGUUCUAGUUUGCUGACAGCUGGUUUGUGAAACUGAAGGAGUGAAUGCAUCUACUCUACCAACUGUUAAGCUGAGGCUUUUAAGAUGAGAAAUUUAAAUUCUUUAUUCUUACAAGCAUUAUAUGAAAAAAAAAAAUCUCUUUACCGACUUUGGUACGGUCGAAUCAAUAUUUUAUUUUGCUAGGAUGUCCAUUCCACAGUCUUAAAAGAAAAUUGCAGUGAAUGUGAAAGCAAAAGAAAUAAUUUGGCUUUCUCGAAUUGUAACCUGCCCUUGCCAGAUGUAUACAAGUGGAUAAUCUGUGCAGAAAGGAAGCCAGUUAUAAUGCUAAGAAAUCUUGUAAUGUCUGCAUUUGUAUCCUGUUUUCAAUCCAUCUAACAACGGUUUUACAGUUCCUUCAGCCUCUUGCUAUUCAAAAACGGUCUAUUAUUUCGAAAGAGGGACAUAAUUAGUAUUUUUUGACAGACUCCAGUCUAGAUGAUUCUCAUGUUACCAAGUCUCCUUAUUCCACUGAAGAUAAACUUAUAUAUGUUUUAUUUUUAUUCUUUGAUUUGACCUUGGCAUGGUUAACACAACAAAUAUAUGAUACAUAUCUGAAUUACCCUCCAUAAUCCUUCCAAUUUUUGAUGGGCUGUUAUAGAUUAGGUCAGUGUUGUGAUCUUUGAGUACCUGGAGGAGCACCAGUUUUUGUCAAAUUGGUCUAAAAUGCUUUUACAGAAAAUGAGUCCUAGCACCAUAAACGAUUUAAUGAGCUUUAGUGGAUCCGUUCCUUCGAAUGUCCUUUUAACAUUUUCUUCUUCAGUAUUUUUGGAGUUUGUAGUGUACCUUUGAACAGCUGUCCUCCCUAAAAUUAUUAGUUUUUAGACAAAACUUCAAAAUCGACAUAUAACAAACAUGACAUUUUUAUCUGUCUGGUGUCCGGUCUUUUGAUCAUGUGAUGCAGUCUUUGUUUACACAUAAAUUGUUUCACACAUUCAUUCCUGUACCAUUAAAGGGACCUGUGCUACACCAUUUAAUUUUAAGAAUGCAGCAUGUGAUUAGAAAUUUUUUUUAUUUUUUUUUUUACUACAGUUUAUAAAUAGUAAAAUGACACUGUAGCACAACGUUGCUUUUCACCUGACUUUCCAUUCUUCUCUUAUCUAGGGAAGAAAAGAACUCCAAGUUUCACUCUUUCAAACUCUUGUGCUGCUUAUGUUUAACGAGGGAGAAGAAUUCAGUUUUGAAGAGAUUAGACAAGCAACUGGCAUUGGUAAGAGAUGAGUUUGUGUUAAGCUAAUCUUAUGCUAUAUGCACCUAAAUAACUUUAACUUAAAGGGAUCUAUAGCCACCCAUACCCGUUCAUCUCAUUGAAGUGGUCUGGAUGCGGUGUCCCUGCCCCCUUAACCCUGCAAUGUAAACAUUGCAGUUUCAGAGAAAUUGCAAUGUUUACAUUAAAGGGUUAAGACUGCUUCUACUGGCUGUCUCAAUUACUCAACGCUUUCCUAUAGGAAAGGCCUAAUGAGUGCAUAGUGCUCGCUGUGCUUUUGCAUUAGUUUCCUUGGAUUGCCGGCAUCGGAGGAGGAGUAAGUAAGUGAUUAAAGAUUGUUUUGUUUUUUUGUUUUGUUUGUUUAGUGCAUAGUGACACUAUAUCAUUAGGGAUACACUUUUGUAUGUCUAACACUAUAGUGUUCCUUUUAAUGGAGUGGUCUUGGUGUAUAGAUCAUGCUUAUGCAGCCUUAAUGCUCAGUUAUCUGACAUUUAGGACUUAAAUCAUUUUGUUUAUGCAACUCUAGCCACACCACCUCUGCAUGUGACCUACACAGUCUCCCUACACAUUUCCAGUAAAGAGGAAUCUGUGCAAUAAAUGAAAUUUAAAAAUAAGUCUGUUUAAUUUAGAAUUUCUUAUCUCCUGCUCUAAUGACCUUUUAGCUUCCUGUGUGAGAGUUUAAUUUACAGGGCAGGAGAUAAAAACUUAUACAAUAAGUUAACAUCUGAUUGAAAAUUAAAACCUUUUCUUUCACGCAGAGUGUGAGAGUCACAGCCAGGGGAGUUGUGGCUAGGGUUGCAUAAACAAAAACAAAAGUGAUUUAUCUCCUAAAUUACAGAUAAUUGAAAAGUGAGACUGCAGUGACCUGAUCUAUACACCAAAACUGCUUCAUUAAAGAGACAUUAUAGUCACCAAAACAACUUUAGCUUAAAGAAGCAUUUUUGAUGUAUAGAUCAUGCCCCUGCUCUCUCACUGCUCAAUUCACUGUCAUUAAGGCGUUAAAUCACUUUGUUCAUGCAGCCCUGGUCACACCUCCCUGCAUGUGAUUUGCACAGCCUUCCUAAACACUUUCUGUAAAGAGACCUCUAAUGUUUACACUUCCUUUUUUGCAAAUUCUGUUUAUUUUAGAAUUUCUGAUCAUCUGCUCUGUUAAUAACUUGCUAGACCCUUGCUAGGUGCCUUCUGUAUAUAAAUAAAUGUAAAUUUAGAGAGCAGGAGAUAAAAACUUUUAAAGUAAAUAACAUCUGAUUGAAAUAAAUCCAUUAUUUUCAUGCAAGCUGUGUCAGUCACUGCCAGAGGAUGUGUGGCUAGUGCUGCAUAAAUCGAAACACGCGUGAUUGAACAGGGAGAAAGCAGGGACAUGAUCUAUAGCUUAAUGAAGCAGUUUUUUUGGGUGUAAAGUUGUUUUGGUGUUGCAAGUAUAUCUUUAAAUCUAAUAUUUUAUGAAACAUGUUUCUUUUUCCUCAGAGGACAGUGAAUUAAGAAGAACACUUCAGUCCUUGGCAUGUGGAAGAGCUAGAGUUCUUGUCAAGUACCCUAAAAGUAAAGAUGUAGAUGAUGGAGACAAAUUCACAUUUAAUGAUGAUUUCAGACAUCAGCUUUUCAGAAUAAGAAUUAAUCAAAUUCAGAUGAAGGAAACGGUAUGUUUUUAUUUUUUAAAAAUUAGCAUGUGUAUUGCCAUUGAACAAGCAAUGAUGCAUGAGAGAGGGAGUUUUACACAUUGCAGCAUUCCUUCCUUUGAUGUCUGAGUUGGCAUAUCCCCAUUUGUGAUAUGAGAUGUUUGAAGAAAACCUCUUGAAGCCCGGUACUUCAGGGAAUUGUAAAAGUAAAUAGAAUACCAUGCAGCCAUCUACAUGUAUUUCACCAAAAUGCUUUUUCCACUAUGUUGUAAUCAAAGUAAUUACUCUUAACUGAGAGAUUAAAUUGACCUUUUUUGAUUCUUAUUUCAUUUUCAUUUUAAUUUCAUAUUUUCAUAAUAUUACAAAACAACUUAACAAUUUCUUUAAUUCUCUACAUCUUAUUCUAAUUGCCCACUUUUCUGUGGGAAAGAGUACAUGCAUAGAACAAUGUGCAUAUUGGCUCAGCCAUCUCCUUACUUCCAUUAGACUUUAAAUGUGUAGUCUACUUUACAUUUGUUUCAGUAUAUCAGACUAACACAAUUGGUAACGGAAAAUAAUCUUUUAACAAAAGAGCUCUUUUGAUAUCUUUAUAUCUAUGUGUUGGUAUCAUGAAAUUUUGCAUUGAAUUGAAGACCAAUUCAAAGUGAAUUAUCUUAAGGAAAAUCCAAGAUACCUGAAUUCAUUUCUCAAUUUAUAUUUUAUCCAUUUUAGACAUUUAAAUGCUUUAAACCAUUUCAUGACUAUUUCCUACCUUUUCACUUUCGGUGUGUUUUUGUUUAAGGUGGAGGAGCAAGCAAGCACUACAGAGAGAGUAUUUCAAGAUAGGCAGUACCAAAUUGAUGCUGCAAUUGUUCGAAUAAUGAAGAUGAGGAAGACCCUUACUCACAACCUCCUGGUUUCGGAGGUGUACAACCAGCUUAAGUUCCCAGUGAAGGUAUAAAUACAAAUGUAGAAAACAACAAAGAGUGGGGUUCAGCCCUUGAAGAGUUACUGGAAGUAUCGGGAAGGCAGCUCAGACAACCCAGUCUGGAGUGUCUCUAUCCCGAAGAAGAAUCCGGUAGUGAAGAGGGAGGAGUUUAGAUGGUAUAUGUAACAAGAAGACAGGAGGGCAAGGAAAACUAAUAUAGUGUAUUAUGAAUAUUCUGAUUUAAGAGUUGUUUUACAUAUUAUACUAUAUUGGUUUUCCUUGUCCUCCUGUCUUUGUAUCGUAUACCAUCAAAAACUUUAAAGGCACUACUCCCAAGUCCCCAAGUCCUCCUCUUCACUAUAAAUACAAAUGUGUUUCAUAGAAACUGAGCUCAGAAUUUCCACUCACCACUAUCUACUGACCAGUGAAAUUAUGGCCCUGAUGAGUAGAAAUUCACUCCUGGUAACUGAAUUAGAAAUGUCAUGAACCCGCCAGGAUUCUGGUGAUGAGUAACUCUUUAAGGGUAGCAGUAUUUAAAUGGGGGGAGGGGGGGGAGCUUGUAAAUAAAUAGUGCAUAUUUGAACUUUUUUUUUUUUUUUCCCUCUUCUCUUUAUAGCCUGCGGAUUUGAAGAAAAGAAUAGAAUCCUUAAUAGACAGGGACUACAUGGAAAGAGACAAAGAAAAUCCAAAUCAGUACAAUUAUGUGGCAUAGAAAUAUCAGCUGUUUUUUUUUUUUUUUUUCCGUUUUAUCUUAUUUUAUGGGCUCCAGCUCACUGGGUUACUAGUGGAUAAUAAAAUAGCCUUCUGGUCCCAUUAAGUUAACAUUUUUCCUUUUUUUGUUUUUGCUUUUGUUUUUACAUCGAUACAUCGAACAUAACUGAAUGCAAACUGCCUAACGAAGAAAUACAUAAGCAGAUUAAUUCAGUGAUUUCAUACGCCCAUUUAAAGAGUACAUUUUACAUUUUAAAAGAAUGCUGUUGAACUCUGCAUGUUUUGAAUGGUGUGCACAGCACCUGUCGGAGUAUUAUUUUCCAUGUUUUUAUCCCUUUACAAAGUGAAGACUAUUUAAACAGGAAUAUGGCACAUUUGGGGAGACAAAUUGGUUUCCCCACUGCGCCUUUGGGCUGCAUGCAAACUGUUCCUUCAAAAUUAACUAUCUUAACGAUGCGAUCAGAGACUCGCUUGUGUCAAUGUGUUUCUCAAAUAAGCUAUGAAACUGCAGUAUGGACAUUUUUGGCACUUAUAUCCAAACAAAACAGAAGGCAUUGAAAUAAAUAAUUUAAAAUAAUAUAUAUAUAUAUAUAUAUAUAUAUAUAUAUAUAUAUAUAUAUAUGAUGAAAUGCCAACGUGUGCUCUCACAUUCAAGUUUUUACUGCGUAAAUGAUCUCUCAUUUGUUUGAGGAGGCUACUAAUUAGUUAACCAAGUUGGCAUUAACUGGGAAUUCAUAAAGGGAUUCUCCAUAGCUCUUCUUAGCUUUUUGGCUUCUGACUGAUGAUUGGAUGCAUUGCUUCAGAAUAACAAAUGGAGUUAUGGAUGCUGUAUCCUAAAUAUAUAGGGGUUUGGUACAGCCACACAGCAUAAAGACAGCUAAAGGAGUUAAAUUCGCAAUUGGUAUAGCUUCUUAUUGGGACUUUUGAUGUAUUUGUACCAGUCGUUCAAUGAUGCCUUUUGGGCUCAGGAGCAAACUGGUAUUAAAACAUAAUUAACUGGACUCUAAAACAUGUUUGUUUGGUCACCACUGAAUGGCUUUUUAAUAAGACCGUUUUGGUUUUAGAAUGAAGUAGGUAGGUUCUCAGGCGUUAUAGAGAAUGAAAAUUAUACACUAUAAUAGGUGAUUCUAUGUAUUUCUGUGCCUUUUAUCAAAGACUAAAAUGGAUUUACAUGUUAUGGACACAUAUUUGUCUUUUCAUUUGAACUUUCAUAACAAACGAAAAAGAAAUUAGGGAAACAUGUUCUGUUUUGUCAUUUUAUGAAGUGUUUAACCUAAAUGGAAUGAAGCAGGUCAGCUAUCAACUAGAAGCAUAGCUUAACUGUUCAUUGUAUUUGCUUCUGGUCCCCAGUAUGUUUUGCAGGAGAUGUACCUUUGUAUUGCUCUUAUAGAGCCAGAAGCAAAUGCAAUUAUGUUACAGGGUUACCAGUGUUGCCUUUAUUUUUAAUUUAUUUUUUUGUUUUGCAAAGUUGUAUUAUUCCUUUCGCAAAAUGUAGCGUUAAAGUAAUGGGGUGAGUUUCUGUCUGAGACUAUUUUCUGAUUGAAAAUCCGGAUGAUAUGCUGUACUUAUUACAACAUGAGAGAGAUCACUUUCACUUUUCACACUUGUAAAAUUCAGCACGGGAAUACCAUUUCGUUCAUUUAAUGUGUUACGUUAUUUUGUUUAUAACAUGAAAAAUGCCCUUUGCUGCUUAACCUUAAAGGGACACUAUAGGCAUCAAAACAACUUUAGCUGAAUAAAUCCGUUUCUGUGUAUAAAUCAUGCCCCUCCCCGGCUGUGACUCAGACAGCCUGCAUGAAUUUAAAAAAAAAAAAAAAAAAAUUUCAUUUUCAAUCAGAUGUUAACUUGCUUCAGUUUUUUUGUUUCCUCUAUAAAUUGAACCUUAAUCACACACAGGAGGCUCCUGCAAGGUCUAGGAAGCUAUUAACAGAGCAAGAGAUAAAAAAAAUAAAAAUAAUUCUACAUUAAACAAACUGUGCAAUACAUGAACCUAGACUAUCUAGGUUCUUUUUCAGCUUGUGUUUAGAAAAACUGCAAAUCGCAUGCAUUGAGGUGUGACAAGGUCUGUAUAAACAAACACAGACUCCUGUGGACUCUAAAAUGCUAUUAACAGAGAUACGAAAUUCUAAAAUUAACUGAUUGUGCAAUAAAGUUUAAACAUGAAAUCAUUAUUUACAGUAAAUGUUUAGGGAGACAGUGUACCUCACAUGCAGAGGUGGCAUGGCUAGAGAUGCAUAAACAAAGUGAGUUAACUCCUAAAUAACAGAUAAUUGAGCAGUGAGUUUGCAGGGGCAUAAUCUAUACACAGAAAUUAUUUCAUUAAAUUAAGCAAAAGUUGUUUUGGUGCCUAUAGUUUACCCUUAAAAUCCUUGUUCCAAUAACCCUUGAAAAUCCCCCUGGUUGUGGCUACAUUAAGUUACCUAUUGGUCUGCUGAAGUAGAAAGGUUUUCAGACAAUUUUUAUUUUUUCAGUAUAAUCUUUACAGAAAACGAACAAAAGGUUUUAAAUCAGUCGUUCUUAUCCCUUUUUGACAGGGCAUACAUUAAGUAACACAUAGUAACUUGACAUCCCAUUCUUCAAAUGAAAAUUUUUGCAUUGGCACAUUCUUCAUGUCCUAUAAUUACAUGCAAAGAUGUUUGCAUUGCUGCAAUGCUACUCCAGGAGACAUGUUGUCAAGAGAUACCUAUUGCUACUUGUGGGUACCUGUUAAAAUAUGAUGUGGACCCAUUUUUGCACCCUGACUCCUAGGGCUUAAGAACCACUGCUUUAGAAAAUUAACUAGCAGAUUGUGUAAUUUUGUGCCUGCAUAGACUAUUUAAAUUGCCUCUGACAGAAAGGAAACAAUGAUGUUUUUAGAUGUGUAACUGUAAUCCUGGUCAGCCUCAGGAUAAAGAAGAAAGGGUUCACUAUAAUUGUUUUUCAGUCUAAUUGUUUUUAUCGUGAAUUUUUUUGCUGAAAUUAGAACAUUUCCAACCUUGCAUUAUUCUUUUAGUAGCCUUCCACAAUGGUAACCAAUGCUAUUUUAAUUUGAGGGUUGUUUUUUGUUUUUAAAGCUUAUUGCUCGAUCUUGUUUUCCUUUGGCUGAUAUCAAUGCUUUGAAGUCAGAAAUUGUAUAAUGUGGGUUUUUAUAUAGUUUACGCAAAGAUGCCAAAGUACAGCACAUAAAAAAAAAUAUAUUUAUGAAUGGGAUCACAUUUAGUAAAAAAAAAUUUUUUAGUCUUGAUAACCUUGUUUUAUGAAGGUAUAUUUGCAUUUUCUGCACUACCUUCAUAAUUUUUUAAUUUGUUUUAUUUGCCUGAGAAAAUAGUGAUGGCAUGCUAGUCACAGAAUGUUUGAUGGAGUAAUAAGGGUCAUUUACCUUUUUUUAUUUUAUUUUUUCUGCUUUAGUAAAUGGUUAUGCUCAAGGCCCAACACACACACACACACACCACUGGGUAUGCAUCCAGCCCAAAUAUUUUGAAACCUGUCUACAUUGUAUGGUUAGUUCUUUCCGUUACCAAGACACCCAUGCCACUCAAAAACCAUCAAACAACACCAUGGCACCCAUCAGUCACUGAAUGACAUACCCAGUCCCCACUCACAUUUCAGGGCCUACUAUACUAAAAUAAACAAAUUGAGCACCUGUGCAAAUUCUCCUCUUGGGAGAGCUUCUUUACCCUGCAUAGGGAGGAGUGUAAUGCACCAUUUGCAAACUACACAUAUAGCCAUAUGGAUUGGUAUUGCUACAAUCACUGUGAAAGAGUAAACUGGCAGAAGUAGUUUUAGCUACCAUACCAGCUCUGCAUUGUUGGUCAUUAUGGUGACAAGAAGUCCAAUAUUACUGCACCCUAGGUCAUGUUUUGUGCACCCACCUAUUAUAGCCGCCAGAUCAUCUGAAAUGCUAUUAUUUCCAGCAACAUGAGUGCCAGACAACUUGCUGUGUCUGGUAUCAGUAGACCUAGUUCUUGAAGGCUUUGUAAUAUGUUGACAUUACUUAUACUAAUUCAGCCUGUCUUUGGCACUAUUUCGUAUUUUGUGAGUAGAGGCAAACAACUGCCACAGGCACAGAUACCAAAAUUAACAUGACCACUCAUCUGAGAGGGGGGUAAAAAAUUAAAUAUUUCCACCUGAAUAUAACACUCUCCCCUCGUAUUUGAGAUUUAGCGGCGAUCAAUGCAUUAUGUAUCUUGACUGAAAAACAGACCAAUGUGUAGUGGUAUGUUGCAAUUUGCAAUCAGCGUUCAACAUCAGCACAAUAUUAUUUCUAACAGUGUUUUUUUUUGUUUGUUUUUUUUGUUUUGUUUUUUGCUAAAACAAAACGUGUACCAUUGUGCAUAUUAUUAUUUUUUGCGUCACAGGAGUUAAAGCUGGUGGGGAGAGUUUGCGCUUUGAAGAGUACAGCAGCAUUCAGAAAUGUAAUAUAAUUUUCAUAUGACAAUUGUUCAGUAUGUACAGUGAAAAUGUCACCCUAUUCCACAAGGGCACAGUUCCACUGAAACUAGAUUUGAAAAAAUUGUGUAUGUUCACUGUAUCAAACAUUUAAUGUGAUUUAAAAGGAUUUGUGAUGUCAUCACAUCCUUUUAAGACAAAGGUGAAACCUUUUUAUUGUUUCAUAAAACAAGUAUAACAAGGGCACCAGGUCUUUCUAAGUUGAUAAAUAAUGUAAAUAUGUGUCCUUUCAAAGAAGAGUGAAUCUGUUAUCUAGGUAUUUUGUGUCAUUUAAUAAAUAUUAAACUGUUUUUGUGUUGCUAAAUCAUUUUCUGUCUAUCCAUUUACAUUUUCAAAUCUAUAAGUUUAUUGAUUAUUAUUUUUGCCCAAUUGAGAAAUGGUCCAGUGUG